AUGAACACAGCAGUUGUUGGGGAAAAGGUCAGUGCAUUUUGUUUGUAUUCUGCAGACGUGCUCUUUUUGGCAGCACACUCGACGUCGCAGCAGGCACUCGAGCUUGAAAUGAUGUUGCUUCCUCCAGCCAGGAGGCGAUGGCUCCCAUGCCACACAGCGUACGCAGGACGCCAUAAAUCCUAUGGUGUAAAUAAAGACCUGCACCAACCUCCAUCUUCAGUUUUUUCUUUUUGUAAACACUGUCUCUCUCCUCUCAUUUUUUUGUUUUUCCUUUUUCCUAGUAAUGUAGCAUAGCUGACCACAUAUGAAUUUGAAAUAGAGAUACCAGAAUUACUUUUAAUAUCAAUUUUGAUUACAGUUACCCACAUCAUGGUGAUCUAUCUAAAUAGUCCAAAUAAAGGUAUAAAAGUGUUGUCUUUGUUCUCGCUGGCGAAGAUAUGCGUUCUGUUUGUGCUUGGCACAGUUAGCAUGCUUGCUAACGUCAUAUUUGUCUCCGUGUUGUACGUCUGAAUUUGACCCACGUACCUUACAAAGUACAUGUAAAUGCAGCAAAGCGCAGGACAGAGAAAGUACUCACACCAAGCACAGUUGAAGUUAAGAGCACAUUUCUUCUUCUGUCAAGCUUGGCAUACUGAUGCACAUGUAUGCUAGAUAAGAGUGUUUUGCACCAAUCUGUCGUUCCCGGGUCAUGUGACGCAUAAUCCACGUAGAGGCGUGAUAAAAAGGAGAAAUUUCAAGUUUGCACCUGUAGGUUUUGUGAACUUUUUUGGUAUGAAGUCUUGAUGAUGUGUUAGUUGGUGUACAUGUUUUUUAUUCCACUACAAGUUGAGCAGUCCAGUCAUUGAGGGUUAUUCAAGAAGUGUGGUUAAACUGUUAUGGUGGCCCUUAAGGUGAGAUACACAUUUAUUUGAUGACUCAAAUGAUUUUACAAAAAAUGAAUACAUAAAUUCUCCAUGUGAAAAAAACAUGACUGGUGUUUCAAAACUUUUUACCUGUUUUAAAGAUUUGUGAAGUUUUUUUUUAUGUAGUUUUUUUCACGCUUUUUUGAGGUUCAGUAAAAUAUAUUAGUAGUCUCAAUUUGCACGUGUAGUCCAUCUUUAGAAACAGUGAUGCUUCAUGCAUGUAAGAGAAGUUCAACAUUGUUUCACUGUCACAGGGUUACUGGCACCUUUGUCACUUGCAUGUGAACGACGUUUGAACCAGGUUUCGUGGCAGUUUCAGAUUUGUGUGGUUACCUUAUGUGACUCUUCAUUUCUGCUGUUGUCAACUUUUACAGUUGUAAGCUGAUUUUCAGGUGAAAAAUGUUUGAAUUUUAUCGUUAAUUCAUCUCCAUUCUUUUCUUUUUGUCUCUUUCACUCUGCUCCUAUUUCUCUCUGAAGUCUAAUCUCGCUCUGUUGUUACGGAAAAGCUUAUCCUCAUUUCCAUCUGACUUUGUUCGUGGCAGGUGGCUCCAAAAAAAAAAAGAUAGAAGGUAAAUCUCAUUUGGUCACAGUUUGACUUUAUUAACCGCACAGCAGGCAAUGACAGAGGUUUGUUCUUUGACAGAUGUGCUGAAUGCAGCGUGUGGUGUCGGACCGCUACCCCCUGUCCUCUACGCUCACACAGACACACACACAGCACACACAAAUGUGCGUGCCCAAUUACAGGCUUACAACUCCCUGCUAAGCCCAAACAGCACCCAGGUUCAGCGGGUAUUUCUCCAACUUCUUAGAAUUACUUGACCACAGACAUUACUUUGUUGCACAUCAAACAACAAAACAGCAGGAUAAUUCCACUGAAGGCAGCAAACAGAGAGAAAAGCAACUUUGUCUCAGGACUGUGUUACACCUUCCUUAUCCCUAAUUUAUGGUUGUAGAUAGUGCUGCAACGAACGAUUAUUUUUUUGUCGACUAAUCUAUUGACUAGUCGUCCGAUUAAUCACGAUUAAUCACUAUCUUCUUUAUUUAUAAACACCUAUUUCCGGGGUGUCGGCGUUUCAGGUGCUCAUGCAUCGCCGUGGUGCUGCCAUGGUAGGAAAGCUGAGCUUUGAUCGACGUGUUUUUUUGGUUUGUUCUCCGUAAAAUGUUCCCAAACUUUUGAAGUUUUGGGUCGGAGUUUUGGAGCGUCUUUUUCAGUUUGUUCUGCCAUAAUGUGUGCACUCUUCUUCUGUGUUUGCCCGCGGGAUGUAAACAGCGAGCGCUACUGCCCCCAGCACAUCCUGUAGUGCACUGCAGUUAUAGAUGAGUAUGAGGCGCCGGCAUGUGAUUCUUAACAACAAUAACACGACGCGUCGACGCUUAAAUUUCGUGUCGACGUAAUCGAUUACGUCGACUAAUCGUUGCAGCCCUAGUUGUAGAGAGUUUGUCUCCAGGCUACACCAGGUUGUGUUUCAGGCAUUUGAUAACAUUUAGUUGUAUUUCCCAGCACUGUAUGUCAUGUGUAUAGGGGUAGGGUUUUGGCAAUGAUGAUAGGAUACAAUAUGAUGCAAUGAGAUACAUGGGUCAUGAUACCUAUUGCGAUAUGCUGCAUUGUUUGACGUAACUCAGAAUAAAGUUAAAUAUUAUAUAUUCCAUCGAUUUAGAUAAUAAGAUUGCUACAUGCAGCAGUUAUAUACUUUUGUGUUAAUGGUAUGAUAACGGUAAAAUUAGCCAAUAAUGAUACAUGUUUCCGACAACAAACUUUAAGGGCCACAUAAAGGGAGAAGGAUGAUUAAGUCAAAAGGAAACUAAAAUUAAGUUAUCAGCAUAAUUUUAUUAAAAUAUCAUCUCCUUAAAGUCAGUGUUAAAAGAGUAAUAUUGUAGCAGUCAUCAUACAACCAGAAUAAAGUUCUGAUUUAGCCAGAGUAACAUCUUGGUAAAGUAAUAUUACAAAAGUAAAGUAAAGGAAUUACAAGAAUAAAGUCAUACUGUCAUGAGGAUACAGUGAUAAUAAUUUCAAAAUAAAAUAAUAAAGGUAAUGAGUUAUAACAGUUACAGCUCACGUUACAAUAUAAGAUAUGAUACAGUAUGAGAACAUAAUCAUAAUGGUACCUUAGUAAAAUCUUAGUAAAAUAAUAUUAUUACAAUAAAGUCAUGAUUUCAUGAGAAUUAAUUCAAAGCAAGGUUAUGAUAUUACAAGAAUAUGUCUUACUGUCAUCAGAAUGAAGUUUUAAUACUUAGACAAUAAAGUCAUAAUUUUGUGAGAGAUAAUUUUUUAGCUUACCCAAUGGAAAGAGUUUGUGACCCAUUUUUGGGUCCAUACCCACCAGUUGGGAACCAUAGGUCUAGGCAAAGAAGAGAGGGUCUCACAUUGGGCCAUUUAUUUCCUAUUAUCUUAAUCAAAGUGAGACAUAGCUUGGUCUUAGGAUAAAAGGAAUUUAAGUGUUUAAAAAGGAAAAAUCAGAUACAACUCAGAGGAGGAAGAGAACCCAGCUGGUUUACUUCUCAUUUACAGGGUUCAGGGUGUAAUUGCUCUUCCAUAUUUUGCUUUAUUUGGAAAAUAACCUCAAACAGCUCUGGCCAUAUGUUAGAGGAUGAGUUCUGCAGUUUCCUAAGGCUGUGCUUUGCCGCCCUUGGCCUCGCUGCAGUUAGCAGGGGAGUGGCCGAGGCCGAGCAGUUGGUCUUUCUCCAGAGGGAGGAAAUUUGCAUUUUUGGCCAAAGAUUAUUUAUCAAGGCUUUUGUUCCAAGUCCCUGUCUCAUGGUAUUAUUUCCAUAUCUUAACAUUUUGGUAACCUUGACGCUGGUUUUGACAGCAAAGUAGGACCUUGUGUUCUCCGGAUAACUGUGAAGGCUCAUUAGAGAAAGUUUAUCUUUGAACUGCUCUGAAGAAAAACAUUAGUCAGCAUUUUGGAAGGACAUUAAAGGUAUGAUAGUCUUUAAAAAAAAGGUGUUUUCAUUUUUCUCUGUCACUUUUUUAACUGAGAAAGAAACAAGAAAUAUGACUUUUCUCAAAAACUCUCAAGUACAUUUCACUAAAUUUAGCUGUUGAGGAAUCAACCUUGAUUUGUGGCCAGAGUAAAUCUUUAAAUAAGUCACGACUCUUCUUUAAGGAGGAGUACAUCUACAGCAGGUCAAAAUAUGGUGAAUAUGAAGCAUAUUUAUAACUUUUCCUCGAGGGGAAAAACAUCAUUCCUCUCUAUUUUACUUUCUGAAGCUUCAAAGUUAAGCUGGAUUAUGCCAAAAACGACCAAAAUAGCAGCAUUACAAACAGAAAUGGUGGUUUCUCACUGUCUGCUCUAGAAGAAGUAAUACACGUAAAGGUGAGACUGAGUAGGACGCUACUUUGAUAUCUUUCACUUUUUUGGUCUCUGAAGUUGUGAGUAAAGAAAGAGGAGUAAUUGGGAAAAUGUCAGAAUACGAGUACGUGUCUUUUAGUUUGUUUGGAAACCUUGGCUUUAUCAAAAGAAAGAAAAGACAAUUAACUUCAAAGCGUGUAUAUAUAUAUAUAUAUAUAUAUAUAUAGUGUUGUGUGUUUCUGGCUUGUAUUUUGUAAUAAUUUAUCCAGUUUCGCACAGCGUCUCUUACCUGUUAAAAGUAGUCUCCAGCUUCUUUCCUUUCCUGUUUCUUCUUUUGUUUUCAGAAACCUCUUUCUUUGAGUGUUUCCUACAAUUUGCCUGAACACAGACGGAGGGAGGUGAAAGGCUGAGUACCUGCUGUCACUCUUCAGCAGGAACUCCUCUUACGGUAAACAUGCAUUUAACUUUGAAGGGUCGGAUAUACAUUGAUGGAGAUGUCUCCAUCUUAAAAGCUUCUUUUCUGAGAGGCUGAGGUGAGGAGGCAGGUGCGGCUCGCCUCUUUAACUCAGAAAUUUACGCUCUCAUUGUUGAGGCAAUUACAAACAUUAAGUCUAUAACAAGAACAGCAAAAUGUGAAAAGUGUUGAAUCAAAAGUGACAAGGCUGAAUAAAUUGCACCACUUAGAAGCCAUUUUUACUUUGCGUAAGUUACUGAUGAUUACAUGGCUCGGCAAUACAUGAGAGCAGUCAAGCUAUUAUGUCCAAGUUUGACAUCGCUUUUCCCGCUCCCAUCUACCAUCCAGCAAAUUUAUACCAAACAUUUAGACAGCAAGGAGGGUCGUUUCUCGCAGCAGAGGGCUGUUAGAUGAAACUGAGUGUUAGAAUGUGUCAUGUAGCAGGAAUGAUGUGUUAGCUUUAUAAUUAAAGAGUGAAACUUUCCAGCGUUAUCUUCUGCUUUGAUUUCCAGUCUAACCAUUUCAUAGAGAGGAGUUUUGGUCUUAAAUGACAAAUUUAAAAGAGAGCAGGAAUUAAUCCUGCGCCACCUGUGCUUAAACUGCUAGGCUAUCUGCACCCCAGAAUACUAAUGAUUUCUUAAGCUGAUGUUUAUUUUUGGUGUCCACCUACAAGGAUGAUACUGAAUCUUUUACACGCACGUGUUAAGUUGCUACUAUAACAUGCUAACAUAGAAGGCAGUGUCAUCUGUGGCUUCCAUAUGGUCACCAUAUUGGAAAUGCGACCCCAAUAUUAAUAAAUGCUUUAAUUAAAGAACCUCACAGCUCUCCAGGGUGUAUAAAGUUAAAGACCCACUCUGAUGAAAAUCAUGUUUUUCUUGUUUUUUUAAUGUUCAUUUGGCAUUUUUCUGAUGCUCCAGGACAUAUCAUGAGAAAACUAAGUGCGCUGUAAAUCUCUGGCAGACCUAAAUGGCAGGUUCAGAAACAGUGAGAUUUCAUAUGUAACCAAGCCAAGCUCCGCCCCCUGAGCCCCACUAUGCAGGCCACACUCUGCAUAUAGAGGAGAAAUACAAAGGACGAUCGCGUGUGCGUUAGCGGACUGCAAUGCUCGUAAGAAAGCUAACUGAUAUUAGCUUUCAUCGUGCCCCUAAAGACACUAGUGUUCAAGAGCUGAAUAGCUCCUAUGUUACCUGCCACUUCUACGACACCGGAAAUGUUAGGCUGCAAGUGUGCAGAGCAGCGCUGUCUCCGCCCAUGACUCGGAGGCGAACUGUGAAUGAUGUUCUCGAGCUCUGCAGAAGAAAAGCCCUUGAAAAUGACACAGGUAAAAACUUCAUAAUUACGAUUGAAAGACCACUGAGAACACUUAAAGAAGUAAAAGAAAAAAGAUCGUAGUGGAACUUUAAUAAAAAAAAAUAGCUAUCAAGACCAAGACCUUUUUUUACUGAGCUGUCAGCUAUUUCAACAUGGAAGCUAAAGGGGAUGUCUUGAAUUUUAAACGGCCUCUAGUGGACAGUUGGGGAGCUGCAGUUUAUGUACUUUCAGACGUGAUUGGCUGGAUUCAGGUUAUCACAGCUGAUGCCAAAUCUGAUACUAAAUGUCUUACCAACAGCAUCCACUUGCUUCUAAUAUAAAUCAACCACCUCUUUAUCAAAUAUCUCACAGUCAGUCAGUUUCCAUCUCUGCUCACUCUUUGCCUCCAAUAAAUGUAGCAGGGUUGAGGUGGAGAGACGUGUCUAUGUGAAUUAGUGGGCUGAUGAAUAGAAAUCUUGUUUCUGCACAUAUUUUUUCCCCCAUAUGUGCGGAGAGGCUGAUAAUGUCCCAGUAAUGAAAGUCUGUUCCGGUCGCUAACGGGAUUAGAGCGGAGAAAUGAGCACGCAGCAUUUUCCUACGAGCCACCGGGAGUUUCGUUUUUAACAGCCCUGUCUCGCAAUUCUUUGUCUCAUCACUUUUUCACAGAUUGUCCCUGUUUCACUUCAGCUGGAGACAUUACACAGAAACUGCGUCUGAGUUUACAGGCAUCUGACCGAGCUGAGUGCAGCAAAAACGUCUCUCUCUGUAUUUUCCCUGCAGAUACGCUUAGUUUUAAUUGAGUUAUGGUAACGCAAAUAACAUUUCAUGUUUUUUAAGUUGUUACUGAAUAAGAGUAACAUGCAGUUGCUGUUUUUUUCAAUAUCUAGGAUGUACUUUCAUUAAAAAAGAAUUAAAUAUAAAUGGCAUAGUCCUACUGUUUACAUGUUUAAAGAUGGUUUUUACUCACCGUUGUUUUUUUUUCAAUGUCAAUUCAGAUGCAACAACUUAGUAUAAACUGUAUAACAAGCUUAUGUAAGGCCUGAUGAUUUAGCAAAUCUGAAUCCUGAUAGAGCUCCCAGGGCUUCAAAGGUUUUGUCUCUGUUUGUAUAAUCACCCUUUCAUUGCACAUUUUUCUUCCUAUUACCCAACGUAAGACUCAAAUUGCUUCCAAGCCAACUGAUUCGUUUGAAUUUCCUCGCACGGUGAGUUGAAAGUUAACUGAACUAAACCAUUUCAUUCAAGCUCGACUUAAAACAUCAGCCUGCUUAUUUGUUGUAGUUCAAACUGAUGCAGUUUAUCCAUUAAGCUUAUCUCCUCAGAACCAAGGACGCAGCGGACAUGAUUUAAAAAAAAGAGCGAGUUUUUCCACUCUCUCGCCGGUCCAUCUUAAAUUCACUCAGGCUGCCAACAUUUCUGGAUCAGAUUCCUCUUUGCAGUGCAGUGUGGUACAGUUUAUCAUGCAUUUUUUUAAUGCAGUGGCAAUUGUGUGAUAUUUAGAGGCGACUGUGAGCUUAUGUGGUGAUUUACACUGCAGAGUCACAACUGUUUUCAGUUCAGUGCUGAUUGAUGACCUGUAGAUCACGGCCGUCCACGGUUUGUUUCUCUAGAUUCUCUGAAUCUUUUCAUGAUAUCAUACAUGUGAUGACAAAUUUUUCAGUGAUUUCCCCGUCAUGAGUUUUUAAAAACGUGUUGCAGAGUUUUUCAUAAUUCUUUUUGUCAUCAAACUUUUACGCAGUGCUUUGACUUAUUUUGGAGUUUAAGUUAUCUAGAGUUUUAAAAUCACCACACAAGUUACAUAAAAUCGCCCAAACUCAACAUGUAUAGUCUGAUGAGGUACUGCUGUAGCCAUGAGAGCUGUUUGCGUAGAAGCUCCAAACAGCAGCUAAUAUUUAUAAAAUUAAAUACUAGAAAUCUGGGUUGUUUCGUGACAUUGCAAAAGAAAAUCGUGGCAUAUUUUUACAUAAGUCAGAAAAUGAAAUCAGCGCUGACUGGAAGAGGGGUAAAAAUCAAGAUUUAUAUCCGUCUCCGACAUCUCACCAACCACCUCCAGAUGACUCCUGAAGAGGUUGAACAUCAGAUACAGUCACAUGAACCAUGUCGCAGUGUCUGAGGACACGUGUGAACGCGCUGCUUUAUUUUUGAUGUGCCGCUUUAUUGUUUAGUCUGGAGAACUGGUUGCGUUGCAAACAUUACAUCAGCAUGUUUGUGAUGAUGAAAUCCCUUUAACCAUCAGAAGGAGAAAAUAGAGCCGGAGGCUAAACAAAGCUGUCUUGUCAUUGACGCGGGCGCUUUUCUGCGAGCGUUUGAUAUUUGAAACUUUGGAGUUUGAAAGAACCAGAAGAGUUCAGAAUUAGAAAAUCUAUAUUUUAUUCAUGCGGAUGUGGAAAUUAUUUGAAGAGUUGUUUGGUAUAUAUCCUUGAUCUGAUUAAUUCUGACUCUGAUUUGGACAUCAUAAUAAUUAUAAGCUAUCUAAGCAGUCUCUACUUAUGAAGAUUUUUUGCUUAAGCAUCCAUGUCAAAACCUCUAGAAAUCAAAAUUCCAGUUCAAAUGGAUUGUCUUUGUAAAAUAACAUGAUCACAUGUGCAAAAAUGUGCCAGAGUGAAUCAAACAAAGUUAUUUAGCAAAGCUGUCAACGCUCCUCCGUGUGGAAAAUUUCUCCCUUACUGAUUAAAACGCCCUCGGUGGAUUUAUUUAUUUUUUCUGAAUAUUUCAUAAUUUCAGAAUUGAGUGAAGCAAAACAAAGCUGUUAAUUUUCUGAUGAGUCUGAGAUGAAUUCUGUCUGUUUGGGAGUUUGUUGACAGCUUACUAAGUUAAACCAGCAAUUCGAGCUGAGGUGUAAUUGCGUCAUUGUGAGGUUUAGUCAGUUUCUGAAAGUUUCAUAGUGUGGGAUGAUUAUCUUAUUCAUACUUUUGUUUUUCAUUUUGAUGUUUUUAGAAAAAGAAGUCAUAUUGUCUGAAAAAGAAAAUGUCUGGCAAACAUGGCGGCCUCCAUUGGCGCUCCUGACAACAACAGAAAACAAAGUAAUGAUGAGAAACUUAUUGUUUGGGUUAUUAUGACCCUAGAGGCUCAUUUAUGCUCCAUGUUAGAUCUGCAGACAGAUACAGACGGAGCCUACAUCGAUAAUUUGUGUUUGUUAUGUUGCUGUUUUUGCACAUCCUCUACAAACUUCAUAAACUGGCAGGAAUUCUGGCAUUUUUCAAUAAAACUGUAGCGUAAAAACCUCAAUGAAUAAGACAGAGUAACACGUAAUGGAUAAAGAAGGAGAGUAAAUCUCCCUCUUGUUUUCUUCUACUUCCAAAUCUGGAUGUUGAAAAUUAACUAGUUAAAGUGUCAGGUUGUAAAAACCGUGAAACUUUAGUUAUACUUCUGGCAAGUUUUGUUUGUGAUGUUAAAAAGCUACCCCUGCAGUUACUAUCUUUGAAACAUGAGCACCAAAGCAAGACGAAACUAAUGAAAGAUCCAUUAAUUCAGAUACUCCAUGUUUACCAAAACUUCAAAAAGUGAAAUGCUUCCUGCAAAGAUAUUUGACACUGUAUCGCUCUCUCACCAGGGACAGCGAAGCGUCUACCAACAUAAAUCCACCGUCUCCUAAAAUAAGGUCAGGAGCCCUCCCUGAGUCGUUUCCAUCCUCUCAUGCAGCCUCCCUGUUUUUUCAGUCCGACUCACUAAUUACCUCUGGUUGUAAGUAGGUUCAUUAAUUCUGCAGUAACGACGCUACACUGACCACAAUACCUGACAGUAAUUCAUAAUUAACACAAACACUUCCAUGGUAACAGGAAACUGUCUCCAUGUUAAUAAUUCAGACUCUGUGGAGGGAGUAUAAGCGCUCUCAUAGAUGGUGUGAAUAAAUGCUGCAUCUUGCUGUUUAACAAUAAUAAUCAAUGACCAUAACUGGCUGUAAACAGACUUUCUGCAAAAGUGGUGACACCAGCAGGGCCCAUGCGCUGCCUCCUGGAUUUAGCAGCAUGACUCGGCAUGACGUUUAGCAAAUAUUUCAUCAAUUAGCUUUGACAUACAAAUAGUGCGGUGCAAGGGGACUAGAGCUAGGAUACAGUUAAAGGAGACAGACUCCACUCUUGUGACUUUUCAUUGUCCUUGUAGGAGACCUGUUGAGUAGCUUCGCAUGAUUGUGGGUGUUACUUUUUACAUAGCUUUGUAUGGCAUUGUAACAUUUAGGCAUGCAUUAAAUAUAGAUCAGCAAAAUAUGUCUACUGAAAGUAAACUGGUUUAAUUGACCUUAAUAAACUCAGCUCUCUUUGUCACAGCUGUAUAAACAUGAUGUGCUCUCUGUAAUGUCAGCUGUACCUCGAUCAUUUUGGGACUUUGAUGCUUUUAUGCAGAGAAAAGGACAAGGACAGAAAAGGAAACCAGUGGGAGAGAGCAGGGGUUGAAACGCAACACAGGUUCGGGGCCCCAGGGUCGGGUUUGAGCCAGGUCGUGUGUUUCAAAGACAGCCUGCAGACCAAUUUAACAGCAGAGCUCAAAGACAAGCCUCAACUGUUACUCCGAUCACAGGUUUGUGGCACAGAAUGGCUUUUUUUUUUUCAUUUUGGAUCAUUUAUUAGUAGAAAGUGCUUCUCUAACAAUGCUAAAUACACGGCUGAGAAGUCCCUUCAUUCCCUCCCCGCAGAUACACGCUGUGCUUAGACUUUGCUUCUAAGUUUAGCAUCACUGUGGAGCUUAGUUGCACAGGGAUCACUGCCUUCAAAAACUUCAUUGUACCUUGACUUCAUGACCCAGUUCUGAAGCAGCUGCUUUUUCAGUCUUUGUGUAAACUUGGCUGUACUUGCACUCAAGUGGGAAAUACUCCAUUAGCUGUUAGCUAACAGUGCACCCACUGUUUAAUCUGGUUACAGUUUCAGCUUAGUUUCUGUGUGUUUAUGUAACGAUAAACCAAGUAUCCAGCUUGAAUGUCACUGGAGGUCAAAACUUGGUCAAUAUAUACACCUCUCAAUGCUUUUUGAUUGCAUUAAAGGACAUGUUCAACUUCUGCACAUAGUUUGGAGAUGCUUUUGUCCAAAGCAACAUGCAUCAGAGAUAUCAAGGCAGAAGAAAAGUGUAGUGAUGAGCUGCGGCUUAACAUCUUAAUUUCCGUCGGUACUAAACGCUCUGUUCCUGUCUUGCAAUCCUCCAGUUAGUCAGAUUGAGCUGUCUGGCAGUUUGCAUCAUAGAAAUGAAUCAUGUAGUGAUUUCUGUCAUCUCUUUCCACUGAGACGUUGGGCAGAUAUUUAUUGGCUGUAAAUUUGUUUUGCACCAUGAUCAUUAGUUUUCAAGCCAUGGGUCCCAUCCAGUCAUAACCACGGUGACACCGCACACAAAUACUCUCAUACUGCUGUUAUUCAAAUGGCGAUUGGUUUGAGUUACGGGCUCCUUUCUUUCAAACAGUGAACUCUUGUAAUGGAGUCCUGACAGAGAUGGAGCACAGGAAUAAUUGUUUCAUAGCUCCUUUUGAAGCAGGCCCAUCCAUCAGCCUGCCUCAUGUCUCACACUCACUGUGGAUGAGGACGGGAUCCGAGGGUGUCAAUGUAUUAAUGGAUAUCCGCUUGAGAUGAAUCAUCCCGUUUCUAAGAGGUUCCAUUCAAAAGAAAACAUCACAAGUGACGCAAACACAAAUAAAAACUCUUACAAACCAGUGCAACAACACAUUAUCCCAGUGGUGCCAGAAAUCCACACGGUGUAAACAGGAAAUAGCUAUUAGCAUCAUUAAAAACACUGACUUAAAUAAAACCAGGAGUGGAAAGAUUCACCUAUCUGAAUCUUAAUUUAAUAAAGAUCUCAGUGCACCAGUUUAUUUAGUUAUGAUGUUCCAUAAACCAUUUAAUGGUCCAUUUUUUGGGUCAUGACCUUACUGAGGCUGGUCCUUCUGUAUACUGUGCCCAGCAAGCAUUAGCUAAGGUGGCUAGCCAUUUAGUAUCAAUUAGUUUACGAGGAGAAAUGCAGCAGUAAUUUAGUGACACUGUUCAUGGAACCAUACAAAAUGCCUAAAUAGCAACUUACUCUAUAAAUAAUUGACUCAAUGUGUCUUGAAAAGAAGUGCUGGAUCAAUCCAGAAGCUGAGGUACCCAAAGGGGGUCACAUGUUUGAGUCAUGAACCAUCAGUAAAAAAAAUGGACAUUUAGGUGCAUCACAGCAGCAUAAUCAAUCCCCAAUCAUCAGCAUAUGAAUGAUUUUUUCUCAGAGAAGAUUAUAGGAGGGCCACAUGGAAAGAGGAGGGGACCCACAGAUGAGCCUUGUGGAACUCCUCAGCUCAGCUCAGCUGUUAGAUGAUCUGAUUCACUUUGAUUGAGAUCAAUACACUGGUGUCUACUGUGAGAGUAAAAAUUUGAGUGUUUUCUUUGUUAAUAACUUUGUCUAAAAGUUGGCAGUGUUAAUGAUUUUGGUGUAUACUUUGUUCUCAGAAGCUGUAAACAUGUUGAUUGGAAGUUUUAAUAAAGGUUUGAUUGUUGAAAACUUAAGUCUCAGACCAGUCUAGCAUGGAGACAAUGUUAAAACUAUUAAAGUGGUGUGAUAGUUGGUUUAAAACAACUUUUUAAACCAAGAAGUUUCUCCCUGAUAUUUCCUGGUGGACAGUGUAACUGUUAGUCAUUAACAGUCCAUGCUUCAAACUGAUAUCUACAACUUUUUAAUCUUCUCAGAAGAUAGGUGCAGUAAAAUGUGAAAAAUGAAAAACAAAACAUCAUAUUGCUACAAAUUUAAGUUGAACAACAUUAAAAUAGAUUAAAUGACUGUAUUCAAAUAAAUGACAGUAACAUUAAAUUUACCAUGACAUGACAAAAAACUGCAAUUUUGAAUGAUCUAAACAUGUUAAGUGUACAUGUUCUUAUGGUGACCCAUGCAUAUUUGCAUAUACCGUUAGUUACAGAUGAGUGUUCACAAGAUGAGCCCCAGACAGAAUAAGUCACGAUGAGGGUACAUUAAAAUAUGAGCUGCAAGUUUAACAGUGAGCUCUUUAAAAAAGAGUCCUGACAGAGAUGGAGCGCAGGAAUAAUUGUUUCAUUGCUCCAUUUGAAGCGGGCCCAUCCAUCAGCCUCACACUGAACGUGUACAAUGUGUGGAUGAGGAUGGGACCCAAUGAUGAGGGAGAGAAGUGUGUGGAGAAAGCUUGAAGCUCUGCAUUGUGUUAAAUGAAUUUUUCCACCAUUGUGUACAGAGACAAUGAAACAAAAUGAGUUUUACCUCGAGGGAGGCUGCUUUACACAACCCUGACAUUAUCAUUACAAAAUCACCCAUCAGUCUUGCUGUCAUAGAAACCGCCGGGCUUCUCUUUCGCUUGCACUGGCUACAUUUCACUUAUUUGCAUGUUUGCCUAAAACUAACAAAUACUUGACCUAAAAACUUGAUUAAUGACUGGGAGGGAGUGUUUGAUUUUAUUACAACUCAGUGCCUCAGAUAAUUAAUCUGAGGCACUUUGAAUGGAUAAGCCCAGGACCUUAAUUAUCACGAACUGUUAGAGUGGAACUCUCUCCAACAUAAAAUACAAAGUGAUGAAUAAUGAACUCAAAUCUCUGAGUUCUGGACCAAAAAUAAGAGCAGUGACAUUAUGUUCCCAUAAGUUUAAAAUCCAGACCUACUUAAAAACUGACUUCAGCAGAGAAACUUCUCAUCUAUCUCAGUCUGCUCAGUCCAAUCUUUCAAUUAAAAAUAAAGUUAAACCAAUGUACCAUGAGCAGACUGGUGCCAAAACUCUGGUUGCAUCAUACCCGGCCUUAAAUGCAUUUAAAAGUCUACAAGCUGGAGGUGCAACAGACCUGGGUUGGUCCGUCAUACGUUCAGAACACCCUUCAUGGCUUAAACCAUCUGUUUAACAAACUUUCUUUGCAAAAAUCCGCUCAAACUUUACCUGUCCUGCUAUCUGGCUCUCUGAGUAAGCAGUGAAAAGAUCUACCUAUCUAAAAAAACAAGCUUACAAUCAUGCUGACCUCAUGCUGGGACUUACGGGGAGUGCAGAUGUCAGACAGGAGGCUAUUUCCUCAAGCGUCCUUUACAAGCUCUUUCUCCAAGUAUUGCCUUUUGUGUGUGCACAAUUGAGUGCCUUCCUGUGAAUGGCUCAGAGAAGAAGGAGGACAAAAUUUCACACCAUUACUUGAAGGCCCAAAUGGCAGGCUUUUCCCUUGACUUUCAGAGGUGUGCUUCUAAAACAGCUGUGAACACUUCAGCUUUCAGACGUAGAAGCACCAGAAUUCAUUUUGAGCCAAGAUCCCUGCCUCUACCCUCCAGUUUCUCUUAAAUUCCUCGUGUUUCGUGGCAAAUAAAACUCUUCUCAACUCCUGAGUCCCUGCUGGUGUUGAUAACAGGAUAAUUAGACUCAUUCUUUGUAUAAAGACACUAAACCUCUACCACCAACGCCAUCAUCAUUCUAACCAGGUAGUGAAUUAAAUGCGUCCCUGUUUCGUUAUUCACCUGCUCGCUUCAUUCUUAUUCAGUCCUGUCCUCUUUCUUAGGGUGCUGCGAGUUUGACAAGCUGAGCAGGACACCAAAGGUCGGCGCUGGCCUUUCUGCUUCUUAGUAUGAGCAGCUCUCCCUCCCUGAACUAGAUUACACCAUAAAUCAGCAGCUUGCAUUAUAAACUGGCCAGUAAUCCCGCCAAGAGGGAGGCCUGCUGAGUUUGUGUGGUUGCUCUGACUGAGUGCGUGAGUGUGUGGACUGGAUUUGAGUUUCUUUGACAAUGAUUGUUUGGAAACAUGCUGUAUCUUCCAGGUAUUUACAUCAUUAGUUUGGUUUGUCACGGAGUGCAGACUUCAGCUCUGCUUUUGUUUCAGACUCUAAAAUGUACCAAACAAAACCUCCACUCAUUUUUCACUGUAGAUCUAUGUCAACAUACUGUAUCACCCGAACUUUGAGCUAUAGUAACUCAUCUACACUAUACUGUUAUCCAGCUCAGCUCUACCGUUGGUUUUGGGCAUGUACCUUUGGUCAAGCUAACAUCUGGUUCUACCUUUUGAAUACAUUUUUUUUUAUCAAAGUUUUCUGACUUUCUGACUUCGCAGCAGUAUUUGGCAUACAUGUGUGAAGGUCUGCAGUUUGGUUGAAACACCCAAAUCCCUUAGAUAUAAUUGUUGAUUAAAGCCUCAUCUGGAUUUUUUGAAAUCACAACCAAAUCACAAAAGUUUGUGAAAUGAUGCAUGGAAUGAUUUAUAACAUAUUUUACAUUUGCCAAGAUGGCAGGCUUCCAUUUUGUUUGGGUCUGCUCAGUACUGUUACAUUUGAAUAAAUGCUCACAAGGAAACCUGCCUGCUCUUCAUUAUAAUACCACAGUAAGGGGGCGAAGACAGUUUGUAUUAGCCACUCUGCACUUGCAUGUGGAUAUCUGUUUGUAAAGUUAUAUAAAUCAUAAGCUGGCCACCACUGAUAAAAGGUUAAUUGACAGUGGUGUUUGCUCUUUGUAUGAACUUUUUGUUGCUACAUACUCGCUACUGGUCAACUUAUUGCUCAUAUGUGCUGAGUCGACCAAGUUCUGAUUGGUCAACUUGAUUUUUUCCACCUCAAUUUACAGUCUAUGGUUAAUUUCAUCAGCAGGAACAUACCUAGUGCUAAUGGGGGGGUGUCUCAGAUUAUCCCUCUUGUUUUCACCAUUUUGGAUUCGCCCAACCUACUGGAGACUGGCUGGAGACAUGAAGAUUGAAAAGCGUCAAUGUUAAUAAACAUCUGAUGGUUCGCUGAAUAUAAUAUUUGUGUUUAAUUGCCUACUUGUGCUGAUAUCAGUAUAUUUUCACACCGCCGAGCAAUGCUCCACUGAGCCACGUUGUCAUCUGAAGGGUUUGCCAUCAGAGUAGGACCCCCCAUUUGUCAAUUUUUGGUUGAAAAUUUAAGGGUUUUAGUUGGCCAAGAAUUUCUUUGGUUGAUUAGAGCCCUACUAGACACAUAACAGCCUGUUGAUGAUUGGAAAAUACUUGUAGGAUGGCAAACCUUCCACAUGUUGCUGUCAAAGCUGGAUGUAUUGUUUUAAAAAGUAGGAGGACAAAUUUGAUUCAAACCAGGUGAUCCAAACGAUCAACAGUAUAAUUGUAUUUUUGAAAAUAUUUCCUUUCUGCAAUUUUGGUUCUUUCCAUAUCAGGCAGCCCUACUAUAAAAGCACGAGAAACAUAAACCAGGACCCAUCCAGGCUGAAAAUCCACACCUCCGGGUGAAGAUUUUUUAUGUAGAAUCUAUGAAUGGAGAGUGAUAGACUGCAAAACGACUACAUCUGUACCAGCACGUCAAAUUACCAUCAAGGAUGUAAAAGGAGCCACGUGAAAGGUUGUACAUUUUUUCACGGUGAAGGAUCACGACCAAAGCACGAAUUUCAACGGAGAACCAAGAUUUGAAAAGCAGUAAAAAACAUCAAAUAUUCACCUCAUGCUCAGUGCAGUCAUAAAAGUAAUACCUUUAAUCCUCUGUCACAUUAAACGCUGAAGGAAUAGUUGCUUCCAUUGGUGGGACCCGGCUGUCAAUCGUAAUUCGGUGACCAGCAGAAAGACAUCACAGUAAAUUAAAAAUCUGCUGCGCCACACUUUUUGUGGUUAUAAUGUAAUUACAAUAAAAUACUGCUUGAUGUGUCCUGGUGACAGAAUUUUAAUAGAGCAAUUCCAAUUCGAUUCCUGCAGAUGAAAUGACCAACGUCCCUAACAAGAUAGAUUAAUAACAGACGUACUUAUCAGCUGUCUCAUUGCAAAAGAUUUAAUACUGUUGAAGAAAACACUGGCGUUUAGUCAUCAUCAUGCAUAGGGAGAAAGUGAGCAUAGAAGAAAACAAUUUAAGCAAAGGAGUAUUAUUAAUGUACGACACAAAGGAGGUAAUAUUUCACAGUUAGGAGAAACAGAUAGCACAGUGGCUUAAUGAGAAGAUAAAAGCGGGGAGUCCGUGCCGUCUCCUCCAGCUCGUGUCCUCGUAGGAUAUGAAUAUUCAUGAGGAUGUAAUCACAGAGUAUGAAGAGAUGGAGCAGACUCUCUGGUUAAAGUCAUGAUAUCUGAAGGGUCAUAUCAGCAGAACAAAAAAGCUGCUCAGACCGUGACGCUGGUCAAAUGCAAGAAUCAACAGAGAUCAACGUUGACUGAGGUGAUGAUUCUGUCAAUGCAAAGUCUGGCAACUUAAGAUGUUCAACCAAAGCUGUGACACAUCAAACUCCUACACCAGCCUCCUCUAGUCCUGCCUAGAUGACACCACACGCAAGAUACAAAACUUUAGUGUGUGCAGGUGUGUGACCAACGUUGCAACAGAACAUAAAAAUGCAAGGUAUAUUAAAUGUCAGUGUGACUAAUGAAUUUGAAAAAAAAAAAAGAAAAUGUAGAGAGGUAUUUCACUUUAUUUCCAUUUUUUUACCAGAAGAUGGCAUUUGUGAACGAUACAUGCUGUAUACAUAGUAAGGCAGAGUAGUUUAGUGGUGCCACUUUUUCAGUUUUUCUCCCCAUUAGGUCACAAUCGUGUAUUUAAGUGCAAGUGUGAGUGCUAGUUUGAUUGAAGACUAAAAUGUAAGACAACAGUUUACCGGAGAAGUUGAAAAGUCUAAGCGUUUGUUACAAGAAGUUGGAUUAUCUCACAGCUGUUAAUGCCAUCUACUGUGUGGUUAGCUGGCAAGAUGGCAAUGACAGGUGAUGCUAGACUGAGCUACACAGUUGCAUAAAAUCCGCACAUUGCUAAAAACUUCCGUCUUCAUGCUAAAAAGUCCAAAAGUUGAUCCUUAACAGAUCGUGUCUUAUGUCACUAAUAUUUAAGAUUACACAGUAAUCAGUGCAUCAGGAUUUUAGCAUUUUUUUGUUCAUUUUCAACAUUUCCCAAGUCAUUUAAAAAAUGGUUUCUUGAAACUGUAUUUUCAUCAUUUCUGUCCAUUUGCACUGAAGAGAACGAAAAACCUUAAAAUGAUAUAUAAUUAAGGAUUAUCAAGAAUACAGAAGGAAGGAAGGAGAGCCUCUGCACGAUUUUGUGAACUUUACAGCCUGGCAUUGAUCGGCACUUUGAUGCAGCUAAGAGACAAAAGUGCCAAGAUUCAACUACAAGAUGUGAAAUCAACCCAAGGUUCCACUCCAUGAUGAUCGAACCAUUGGAUUUAUUAUCAGGCAUUCCUGCAAGAAAUUCUCACUUCUUUCUCUCUCAGCUAUUUAUUCAUGCUGUCGCUGCAUGUGUCAAACAGAUUCUGACAAGACACAGUCCUGCCUCAGAUCACAGGACUUCUCAAAUCCUGAUCAAUUUAGAAUCCAGGCUGUUCAGCACACAACACAAAGAGUUUUCCACACCCAACUGAGGAUAUUUAGACAUGCAAGUUUAUCCUUAACAAAAAGGAAGUACAGAAAAGAGUGGGACCUCAUGCACAUUACAAAACAAUUUGUCAUAGAUCACAUUUUCAGAUUUCGAAAAGACUGAUGGCAACAAACAUAAUAAAGAAAACGAAGAGAAAAUAAGAAAGAAGAAAAAUAAGCAAGCUACCUCCCACUCACAAAUACAGGGUCCCUCAUCCUACUUGUAAAUCAUGCGAGGAGGUGCAGUGCAGUGACCUUUUCCUGUAAGAAACAUCAGAGAGGAAAACAAAAGAAAGAAAGAAAAAAGGAAAAGCUGCAUCAAAUAUGGAUGGAAAGCUUUCAUGCCCUGAUUCCAAAUCUUCUGAGGAGUUUUUUUUGUUCUGCAAAUGUAGCCCAGAGCCAAAAAAGAAGAAAUUUAAAGUUUGUGACCUUUUUAUUCUUACUUUAAAACUUCUUUCACCUGUGAAACUGGAGAAGUUUAAGAUGUGCACGAUGGUUCUAGGCCAUAUCACACACUCCAGCAACAGUUUUCAUACUGCUUUUAUUUAUCACUGGUUGAACUUUGAUGGAUGAGCAGUCCCAGGUUAGAGAGUUCAAAGCAGAAAUAAUUAAAAAUUGGACACAGUGUUUUGAUCAAAAUAGAAAUAAAAACUGCAAUUUCAUUUAAUUUAAAGGGUCACCAGAAUCAACAACACGUGAAAAGUCCUCUCAGCUUCUUAAAGUUUAAUAAAAAGUUGUCGAUUUUAAUUGUUAAUCACUUGGCUUUGAUCAUUUUUUAAAAGAGGUCUCAUUCGAGGCAAUCUUCUGCAGCAGAUGUGAGGGAGGGACACAAACAGGCUCAAAGCACCGAGACAAGCACCUCGAGUCUGCGAAAGAUGUUGGCAGAUGUACAUCCAGAGCAAGAAUUCAGCGUUUACCAGCUGGAAGUGACUUUCUUUUUUGAAUCUUUCAUCCAGCUCUAUUCAAACACUUGGAUCUGUUUAAGCACGAGUAAACCUGCAACUGCACCAGCUGCAGGAUCUAGAGCGCACGCUCAAGGGUACUUGAUAGAAGUUUAAAAAGGAAGAAGAGAGAAGUGCAAAUGUUCACUUUCUAAGCGGAGUUUUCAAACUGAAUCGGCACACAUUCUGACAGGCUCCGCAUCUCACACUCUCAAGAGGAUCUUUUUCAGUCCAACACUUCCAGCCAAAUAGAUAACAGCAGUGUUAAAAUAAGCUGAAUGAUGCACCUUACUCCCACAAUCGUUGUCCUCGCUGCCUCUUCCUCUCACUGCAGCUGUAUUCCUGAAUGGAGGAGCUGCGCGCAACAGCACUCAGCAACUUUCAAUAACACUUUCCUCUUUAUGAAACGGACCAAAAUAAUAAGAAGACAAUCAGGAAGCUUGUGGCAACACAUUGAGUUGAUAGUUAGUUUAAAGUUUGGUUGUGGUAGACAAAAAGUUAUGAUAAAGUUGCAUUUUUAAUUUCAGCUAAAGGACAAACCAGUUCUUGACAGGAUGUAAAAGUUUUAGUUUUUGACGUCUGAUUUUGCUGACUGAAAGAGCAACAUUCACUCUGUAAUACCCCGGGUGUGUUUGAGGCGAGAGUUCCAGAGGGAGGGGACAGCUUUGGAGAAAGCCUGGUCCCCCAAGGUUUGGUGCUUGAUCCUGAGCGCAGGGGUGAGAAGGUUCAAGUCUGGGGAGAGGUGUAAAGGCGGAGCAGGUCAGUGAGGUAGGAGGGGGCCUGAUUUGUGGAGGGCUUUGAAGGUGAGGAGAAGGAUUUCAAACUGAAUGUGUCAGUGGAGGUUUUGGAGGACUGGAGUGAUGUGGUCAUGUGAACAGAUGUGGACGAGAAGGCGAGUGGCAGAAUGUGGUUAACAUGCUGUUUGAAUGAGAGGUUGGUGUCAAAGAUUACUCCAAAUUUACAGAUGUUGGAUGAUGGAGUGAGGGUAGAAUUAUCAAAGCUGAGGUCGAGGCUCUGAGCUGAUUUAGGGCCGAUGAUUAUGAUAUCAGAUUUACUGUAGUUCAGUGGAAGUUGGUUUGCACCUAUGAUUUAAUAUCACUGAGGCAGAUGGAGAGUGUAGACCAGGUGGUUGAAGUUAUGAAUAUGGUUAAGAUGUAUAUGUAGAUGUCAUCAGCGUAACAGUGAAAGUUUACCACUUUGUAUGCCAUUAUUUCAGCUUAAAACAACCAUACAUCACUUCUACUGUGAUCUCAGGAUGGCAGUUCCCACACUCUACUAUCAGUCUCCUUGUCUGCUCAUUUUUGCUGACUGUUGUUUUUUACAGCAGCUUUCAUGGGACUUAACACUCUGUGACACCAUGUGUCUGUUCAGUGAGAGCUGUUUAAUGUCUUCUCUGCAUUGAUUGGCAUCUUUACUCUGCCUCAGCUAAUAAAAAACGCUGAGGUCAGACUGAUCUAGUAGUCUGAUCUAGUAGCCGUAGAGUUUUUGGACCUUCUGGGCCUGGACGUGGACCAUUCUGUCCCUUCAAAUGUGUCAUAUCAGACUACAGUUGAGGAUUUUAUUUCAUCCUUAGUGGAAAAGUUGCACAAACGUAGAUAGUAGUUCUACAGUAUUACCGUUUAUUUUAAAUCUGUCCGGUUUUUCAGAACUGUCUUAGACUGUCUUAGUUUCUGGACUCACUUUCUUUUUUAUUAAUGUCAGCACAGGAAGUGUUUUUAAUGUUGGGUGCAGUCAAAAUUUUUACUUCUUUCAGUUCAGAACAGUUCAUUCAAAAAAUGCGUAUCAAUAAUUCUGCAAACGUGGUCAUGCUGUUUAUCAAAAGGUCAAUUUUUAAAGUCGACCAAAAAAACUCGACUUACCCUGGAGAAGAGCAAACCUGCUUUAUUGUUGUCUUGAGUAUUUCUUCGAGUCUAUCAGAGGGCGAUGGCUGCUUUUAUGUUGCAGUAUUCACAAGAGAACCUCUUCAUCACUGGCUGGCAGAUGCAUGAUUGGGCCGAGCAGACUGAAAGUGCAGCCUUUAACAGAUCUUUGGUUCGACUUUACCUCAAAGAAAAUCCAACACAUUCAGGAUUUACCCAAGCUGUUUGUUGUUCUUCCUUAGUCGGUGUUUCUUCUGUGUCUUUAUUCUUUGUCGCAGUGUCAGGAAAUCAACACUCGGACUGUUGUUGAAUGUCAUCCUGUCACCCUCGUACCCCCUGAUGAUUCCUCCUGCAAGCUGCAGGUGAUAGGAGAGAAAGGUCAGCGAAGUAAUGCUAAAAAAUGAUCAGGGAGGAGACAGACAGCACUCCCCGGGCUCUCUCCACAUUACUUAGAAAGUCUGUGUAACUUUGAAGAGAAAGUUUUGUUGGCAGGUGGAGGCGAACAAUUAAAGAGUCGUCGGGAUAAAACACUUAGAGGUCAUGAUAUGAGAUUAAUGCUCUGCUGUGAUGACUGAGAGCGACGAGGUGAAAGCUUGUGUUAAUUGUUUUUCAAAGGUAUUUCUUCUUGAACCUGAGUGUGACUGAGGGAAAGGAAGAGAUAGACAAGUAUAUAGAAGUAGAUAUGGACCACUUAGUGUUGUAGUUUGAAACCAUGACAAUAUUUACUUUACAGACUGGGACCAACUGGGACCAGUGUGCAGCAGCUAACAGAUGCUGGGUUAUGCUAAGACUUGCUGAAGGGGUGCAUGAUGGGAGCUAUCGUGACUGAAGAGAUUUCAAUUAAAUCAGGUUUUUAUUAUUGUUAAAAUGCUUUGGGAAAUGUAAACCGAGUGACAGCGGCAGAACCUGCGCUGACAGAGUAAGUGGAGAUAAGGAGGGGAGCUUAACAAACAGUAUCUCACAUUAAUAAUCGCUUCUUUCAGGGAAUGAAGAGCUCAAUACUCAUUUUAGUUUUCUGCACCAGAAGGCUCUGAAAAGAAUUUUCAAAGGAAUGAAAUCUGACAGGAUUUUAUUUUAUUUUUUGGUAAUUUAAUGUGCCCAAGGUUGUUCCCCAUCACGCUAGUGGUGCUACUUAACAAGAUAUGAUUAAAAAAAUGAGCUACAGAAUCCACUAUCUGCUGGGGCAACAAAAGCAAAUGAUCUGCAAUAACUGAAACGGUCCUCACAGGAUAAAUGUGCUGCAAAUGUAUGAAAGGGCAUGACUUAAAACACACAGGGAAGUUUAAAACGUGCACAAUGGUGGAAACAAUGUGCUAGGGCUGGGAAAUAUGUCCUUAACUCAAUACCACAAUAUAUUGAUCAGUUCACCUCGAUAACGAUAAAUGGACGAUAACUACUCCACAAGCUGCUCACCCCCUCCCACAUUAACUUCAGCCUACUUCUACUUCAGCCGCUACAACUUUUGAACCGUCCUCCAUCUCCUCACCUGUAUUUCCAUCUUUGUUAUGGACUCAAUGGGGUGGAGUCACGUCUUUAACGUAGGACAGCAUCUUAAAGGGACAUUAGACCAUAGCCUACCUACACACAUCUAAAACCAACGCUUAUUUAUUUAUUUUUGACACCGAAUAUGUUGACAUGGGCAAAAUAAUGUUGGUUAUCGUCGUAAAUUCUGGUAUUGGCAAAUUUUUGGUUUAUCACUCAGUCCUACGACUUGCUGCACAAAGCCAAAAAUAAAAAAACUGCAUGAAUUAGUUGCAAAUACACAACUGAUACGAAGCAGAAAUGCACAAUGACAGGAAACAUGGUAAUGAAGAAAGAAAAAAGUUUUUCAAAAACUUUUUGCAGGAUUUUUAUUAGUCUGCACGGCUUUUCCACUGCUACAAGUACUUGGACUGUUGCAUAUGUUUCUAAAGUUGUCUCAUUCCUCUGAAUGAAUAUGGUUUUUCCCAUUUUAGACUGUUUAUCCCCAUCAAACCUGAUUGAGUUAGGCCCAUGCUGCAAUCUAGCAGGCUGUCAGAGUGGCAUUACCUCAAGGUUUUAGCCGACAAGCUUACACAGAGCCCCGGCAGCCUUGUCUUGUCAGGUCAUAGUGAGAGAGUCCAUCGAUCUAUGAACCUCCUUCACCAAGGUUGUGAGCCCUCCAUGAUCCUCUUCUUACGACUUUGUUCAUGCAUUGCAAUAAAAGUGCAUUAUAUCAACACAGCAGGUCCUGGCAGAUGUUUGAAGUUGGAACAAGCUCUUGAUACCCAAAAAUUCAUCUUUCUUUUAAUUUUUUUUUUAAAGCCACACAUUUCAAUUACUGAGGAAAAAGUUGUAUUUCUACUUCAGUGUGCCCGAAACUGUCUCGUCUUACAGCGAUUACUGGGAUGAAGAAUUACAACAUCGAUAUUGUCAAUCUUGUCAUUUAUGAUCUUGUUUGCUUUUGUAGGACAUAAAGAGGCGCUGCUGUUAAAAUCAAUCUGGUUCAUAAGCAGUCAGAAACUCCUCACAGGGGCUUCAAGACAGCUGGGACGGUUUUUAUAAGGUUAAAUUCCCUGCAAGUUAUAACCAUCACUUUAUACUCUCCAGAAGUGACAGACGCUCUGUGCUGAGACACUUGACCAUUAAACCACAGAACACAUUUCCCAAAUACUCAAAUGAACCUUUUUUAUAUGAUCCUCUUCUUCAGUUUGACUUUGCUUUUUCAAGUGUUUUGAAUGAUUUGCAUUUGUCCUCUUCAAAAUCUUCCACCAGCUUCACGUUCAUCAGGAUAAUCUGAGAGGAGCAGGGUUCAGAGGUGUGUGGAGGACAGCAGUGAUGCUCUGUCUGACUUAGAAUCAUUUCCUCAUAGAAAAUAAGGCCUAGACGCUAACGCGGGAUUUCCACCGCAGCCGGAACAGCUCCGAUCCAGAGCGGCAGCGAUUUUUGCCAUCUGCCAAGUUAUCUUUAUCCACAUAGGCUAACCAUAUAAGCAAUAGAUUGUGUCCGUCCAGAGGAGGAAAUCUACUUCCAGACUUCCUCAUCCAUGGUGUCAUCGGGAUGAAUUGUUGUCUCAACCUUUUACUUGGUCUUACCCGCUCGCUCGCAUGGUGUGAAAUAUGAUCCGCCUGAAAAGCGGAGUGUUUUAUUUUGAAAAGAAGCCAGAUGUUUUAUUUUGUGUCUGUGCCCGACUUCCUUUCCAGCACUGGUUAAUCUGUGCUGAAUUUAUCCGCCAUGCUCUGGAUCGUUCAUUUCUGUUCGGAAAAAACAGAACUCCUGCGAUCAGCUGCGGAGUCUGGCGAUCUGCAGCGGAACGGAAAGAAGCCGUUGGAAAUAGACACAUUAACUUGAAUGGUUACAAUCAGCUGUGAUCGGAGGAUACGGCCUUUUCGUAGCCGUUCUGGAUGUGGUGGAAAUUGGGGGUAAGGCAGAAGAACUACAGCGUCUGCAUAAUGAUUAAUGAUGUUCUUCGUAGAGCUGCGUCACCCCGCAGCAGUCAGUGAUGGACUCAUCUGAGGUCUCCGCACAAACAAGCGGCUGCUGGAAGAGAGUGGGUGAGUUGUGUUUAGUCUCUUUGCUAAAGAAAUCAGGCAAAGCUACAAAGAUGUUUGGUGUCUAGUACUAUGUCUGUGACCCUAUAUGUCCUGUUGAUGAAGUUAGGUGCUGUUCUGAGCAUUAUUUGUGGCUAUAGAGUGGCGUUUUGGUUGAGCUCUAGGCUCUCUGUGUUUCCAUCGUGCGGUCGUUACUGAAGUUUAUAUAACUAGAGAAGUAAGCGGUCGGCAACAUUAAUCUCUCGUCGGGGUGUCUAACUCGGUGUUAUGGUGUGUUUGACCCUAACUUAGUUUUAAGCCGGAAUAUCCCUUUAACUGCUUCGCUGUUUUACUGAUGUUGAACUUUAUUUUGUCCUUUUUCCAUUUCAGUUUGAAAGUGCUGCUGAAUGCAGUAAAACGAGGGGGCACUGUCUCUCUCUCUCUCUCUCUCUCUCUCUCUCUCUCUCACUCACACACACACACACACUUCUCUGAGAUUCACUGUGGCUGUAAAAAGAUUGUGUAAAAGUGUGUGUGCGUGCGUGUGUGUGUGCGUGUGUGUGUGUUGGGGGAAAUCCUGCGACAGCUCUGUGGGUUCAUUAACUAACACACACACAGACAUGAAGUGACCCCUGCAAGGACUCCAUUCAUUUUGAUGCCCCCCCCUCACCUCAUGACUGUUUAUUUGUUUUCCGAGCCAUUAGGUAAGCAGCUCUUCAGGACUCUAUCCCAGUUUUAGGGUUUUUCCCGGCUUUACACACUGUACAGCAGACUGUGAAGUCGAGAUGAUCCCACAGAGAGUGAAACACUACCGGAGGACAGAAGUGGUGUCACAGCAGUUUAGCUGUUCAUACCAGUUUAGAAGUGAAUUGAAAGGAAAUCCAGAUCAAACUCAUGCAGAUCUUAAUGGUUUUCAUGGUUCGGAAAAAAGUGGAAUGCCCUCUCCAGGUCGAGGAUGACAUCCUGCCCUAAGUGGAGCAGUUCAAGUAUCUUGGGAUCUUGUUCAGGAGUGAGGAAAGAACAGAGCAGGAGAUCAACAGGUGGAUUCAGCAGUGAGAUGGAUGCUGCACAGGUCUGUUGUGGUGAAGAAGGAGCUGAACUAAAAGGCCACGCUCUCGAUAUACCGGUCGAUCUACGUUCCUACCCUCACCUAUGAGCUGUGGGUAGUGACUGAAAGAAGAAGACUGUAGGUACAAGUGGCUGAAAUGACUUGGAAAAAGUAGCUGGACUCGCCCUUACAGACAGGGUGAGAAGCUCAGUCAUCCUGGAGGGGCUUGAAGUAGAGCUGCUGCUCCUCCCAGUUGAGUCAGAUGAGGUAGCAAAGGCUUUUAACCAGGAUGCCUCCCAGACACCUCGUUGGUGAGGUUUUUAGGGCACAGGUAAGACCCAGGACAUGCUGGAGAGCCUAUGUCUCUCAGCUGACCUGGCAAUGCCUGUGGAUAAGAGCUGGAUGAAGUGGCCUAGGCAGGGAAGCCCAGACUUCCCUGCCUAGGCCCAUCUUCCAACUAGAAGAUGGUUGGUGAGUGUUGUGCUGCUGAUUUUAUGUGCCUGAAUAUUGCUGAUUGGCUGAUUGGGAUAGAUUGGAUUCUGGAAACUUUCAAACCAAUUCUGUCCAAACAAGUGAAGCUCUAAAAUUCUUAAUGAAGAGCACAAAUUUACACCAACACGAUUGUUUGUGUUUGAGUUUCUUAUUUAUUUAACCAGGUAAGAAAACCCAUUGAGAUCGAGAUCUUUUUUUACAAGGGUGAUCUGGCCAAGAGGUCAGCAGCACACGUCACAAUAAUAGUAAUAAUAAGAUUCAAUUCAAGGACAAAAUAAGUUGACACAAACAGUACUUCUGAAAGUGCUUAGGAAAUUUCCGAUAAAGUGCAGGAGAAGAAAUGACCUCCAGAAACAUCAUUAAAAAACACAGGCACUGUUCCACGGUCUCCCAAAGUCUGUCAUGUAGAAUUGAACAAACUUAUAAUCAGCUGUUGACCCCAUCUGUGGUUGAUAUUGUAGUUUCUGUUUCUGACACACUACACUAACUAUACACUCACUAUAGACACUAACCUCAUAUAACCCCAUUUUAAAAUGAUCAAACCAUUAAAAUCUGACUUAUGGAUGGUUGGAGUGAACCCAGUGUUACUUUUGCGUCCUUGCAUGUGCCCUGUUGAGAUUAUAUCACCAUCUGCACAGAAUUCAUGUCCGCCCUCUUUGCUGCAAAGCCAAGAUGUCGACCACUGAAAGCUGAGAGUUGUCCGCAGUUGUAUGAUAAAUUUUUGGCUGUAGAGAGGACACCAGUUGGGUCAUAAAAGUGCUCUGCAUUACGCCCUAAAAUGUCACAGCAAACUCACCAACACACCAAAGAUGGAGAGCGUGUCAAGUCAUGUCGUUUCUACUUGAGUUGCGGGUUUUAGGAUGUUGGUUUUGGAUUCCUGUGUGUCAUUUAUCUCGUCUUUGUAAUCGAAGCUCACAGAUCAGCAGCUCUUAUUCUCAUCGUAGAAAAAGCGUCUGUCCUCCUCCAGGCUGAUGCGUUUUCAUGUUGACAAUCGGAAACGGUCUCUGACUGACAGCUCGCUUUACCAAAUGAACAUGACUCCGCUCUGAGCAGCGGGACACCUUCCCUUGACUUUUGCAAGAUGGAAAGUGAGAAAUAUGAGCUUGUUCAGCCAUGUGCACAUCAGCCAAAUACACAAAAUCAUCUCUGUGACCGUGACUUUUUAUCUUUGUUCAUUCUAUUUUCAUCUUCUUUGUGCAGCUGUCAAAUUCAAUUUUCCCCUCAUUCUUCUCCGUGUUUUGCAACAUCAAAGUCAGCGUCUUAAAAACAGUGAUUUGUAUCACUGUAAUGACACUUUAUUGCACUCUUGUGCAUUAGCAGAGAGAAGAAAGUGAAUAACAGAGGAUUAGGAAAAGGGAGAAAAUGCUUUUUUUGAGCGGCUACGUGCCGAACAUUUAUGUGAUUAUGGCAUCCUUCAAAUGAUUGGGCUGGCAGAGAGCUUUAAAAGACUCGGAGGAGGCAGAUAACAGAGAGCCGAGGCGUCCUGUUUUGGAUGCAGAAUGUGUUUUUAAUGAUAAAGAAAAGAUGCUGUGGUUGUUUCUGCUGCAAUUAAAAAUAACAGCACUGCAGGAGGUAUUUAAUCUCAUUAUUUAAUUAGGAACAGUACACAAAGAUUAACAUCAUUAUGAUGCCAGUGUGCCACAUUUGGCCUUACAGCUGUUCAAAAAAGACCCAGAAUAUAAACAAAACAAACAUUUUGUUUACACAUAUUAAUUAAGAGUACAAGAAGAAAGGAUUGGAAAGUCAGAAUUAUUCUUCGUCUCAUAGUUUGUAAAAGAAACAGCUACAGCUAGUUAGAGUUCUUCCACUCAGUAAAGUCCACAACCGUGAAACCUUAAUAACAUGUAACCAAACUAAUGUGUUGUUACAAAGUCCACUCUCCAUACAGUGGUGCUGUGGGAGCCUCGCACUGUUCAGACCAACCUCCUCUUUUUUUUAACCAGGAUGUAACCAUGUUCAUGUCUGCUCUAAAAAGGGCUUUUAUGAAUAAAUGUGUAUGUGGUUUUGAGCACUUUUGAAGACAGCCUCAAGUGGACGCUUGUGGAACUGCAUUUUUUUUUUUUUUUUUUUUUUUUUUUUGCACUUAAGCAUUGGCUUUACAAUUCUACAAAGACCAGUCAGAUCUGUAGGAGAAAAUGAAGCAAAGGUCUAUAGUAUAUAUCCCAUUUAGGGUCCAUUUAUAUCCUGAAAACGGGACUAUCGGUCACCAGUCUAAAUAAAUACCCUGUCAUUAUUGUGAGCAGUUUUUAGAUUGUCUGAGCAGGUGUUGUAUGUCCUAAUGACCCUGUUCCUCUGGCCCUACACUCUGCUGUAUAUUCAUGUCAGCAUAUUCAUAGCUCACAGUGAACCAUCUGUGAACUUGGACUGUGCCAGGACAACUUUUACCCCGGCGAAACAAGCCAAGUUUGAGCCAUGCUGCGUCACUUUGUAAAUAUAUGUGCAUAUGUAAGAGCAUGGGAUUGAGUGUGGCCACGCAAAUCACAAAGAUGAGGAAAAAAAUGAGUUUCUCUGUUUCUUAACUGGGAAUAAAAUCUUAAUAAAGUCAAAGAGGAACAUAUAUGAUUAUUCAGCUAACACUGAGUGAAUUAAGGUCAAAGUAAAAGUCUCCAUCAGGAUGAGUGAGCCAUGGUCAGUGAACAAUGAAGGGAUCUAACAGAGCAGGAUUCAGCAAUUUGUCCUCAUCACUGAGGAAUAAGAGCUAAACAAAAGUGACAGUCAAGCUGUGACAGGAUGAAGGAAAUAUGACAGAGAAAGAGAGGAAGGGGGCAAGGGGGAGGAUGGUCGUUAAACCCACUUAUACUCAAUUUUUUCAGUGUUUUCAGAUGACCUUUAUCACUAAAAUGGACCAAAGAAGUUUUCCUGGGCAUGUUUAAGAUUGGACUUUUUACGCCUGAGCUGCGUGCUUCUGUCUGAUUGAGCAUCGAGCACUUCUGUCACUUUGGAGCAUCUUGUUUUUUCCAGCAAAGUGAGUGAUGACAGCAAAAUAUGCAGCAGGGCUCUUUCAGGGGAAGGCCAUAGAUUGGAUUUACACCACAUCACUGCACUUAGAGAGACCAUGUGCUGCUGACAUUUCAAAACUCCGCCAAACAAAUUUGGGUUGAAUAGAGGGUCUUCAUUUGGGGAAUGCAUUUCAGUGUUGUGUUAUUGGUCUAGAUCAAAGUUGUUGUUUUUUUAUAACUUGGAAUAACUUUAAAGUCAAAGAUGAAAAAUUCUGAUUGGUCAAGAUCUCCUUUGGUUAUUGUUUUAGGUUAACUUUCAGCCAUUUCCUAUCAUUAUAGUUACUCCAGGGGGACUUUUAGAACACUUUCAGAGGUACUUUUAAAAUUUCUUUUGAGUGUCUGUAUCAAGCAGUGAUGCCAGUAACACAUUACUAAGUAAAGUACUACUCCAAUAAGUCCAUGUUUUUUAGUAACAAGUAAUCUAACACAUUAUUUCCAAACCAGUAAUUAGAUUUAGGCUACAUGUCCAAGUCACUGUGUGCGUUACUUUUUUUCUUAUUUUCUGUAAAAAAAAGAUAGCUUUGUUUUUCGUCUGGGGGGAGUGACGUCAGUCAUGUAGGCGACAAGUCACGUUUUCAGCACAUGGACCACUUACGUGUAAUACAUGUGCACACACAUAAAGCAGCCGCGGCAAAACAAACAUAAACAACAAUGGAGGGAGGAGAGAGAUGCAAGUUCUCAAGCUGGAAAUUAAGCCACUAUUCUAAAGACUAUCUUUAUUUUAUAUUUUAUUAAAAAUAAAUUGUUUGUGUUUUGUCAGUCAAGAAAGACUAUCUUUAUUUAAAUAAAUAAAAAUAAAAAAACAUUUUUUUUUUUAAUUCUUGUCAAAAUUACACUUCCAAUAAAGUGAGUGUUGGAAAGAAAAUGUUUGUCUUUUAUAUGUUGAGGCUGCUGAAUUUACCUAAAUAGUAACUUGUUGUCCAACUUCAUCACUUUUAAAAUCAAGUAAUCAGUAAAGUAACUAAGUUACUUUUUAAAGGUAAUCCGUGAUCAGUAAUCAAAUUACUUUUUAAAACUAACUCUGGCAACACUGGUAUCGAGGUGCCACCAUUGUCACACCUCAGCCUCCAUGUACCUUCAUGCUUCUGUAAAAGGAGUAAAGAAAGCUUAUUCAAUGGCUAAGAGCUUUAACCACAGCUCUAAAAGCCAACAAAAUCGAUUCUCCAUAUUCGCCAUGUCACUUCAACUUGAUGUGAACUGAAAGUGUUUCAGUGAAGGUGCUAACACACCUCCCCACAGUGCUGAGAAAACUGCAAAAUCCUCAGAUGACUGUGAAAAAGUCUUUGUAAGCCCUCUAUUCUGCAGAGCUGCAGAAACAGAGGAGGGAAAAGUGUCAUUUUUUUUUUUUUUACUUAGAUACAUUCAGCUGCAGCUGUGUGAAGUUAAAAAUAAAAGCCUUCAAAGUGGUUCAUGCUUUUAGCUGCUGCCCUUUGUGACAGUGUUUCAUGGUUUAAGUGAUUGAGGGCUGUUUGAGUUUGUCAUUGUUCGAAUUUAGAUUUGUUGUAGCAUCACAAGCAAAAAAAAAGAAAACGAAGGUGCUACAGAGGUUUAAGAUGAGAGGAAAGACGGCCCGUUUGUUUGCUGAUGCUGAUAGAGAAAAGAGAAACCAAGGCUGCUUUUCAGUCUAACGUGAGGGCAGCAAGGCUAGAAAAGGUUGGCAGACAGAAGCAAAGGCCUUUAUUUCCUUUGUCCAGUUUAGGGCAGAAAGAGACAAAGAAGAAAACAGCUGAUAAGACCAGGAGCAGAGGAGGUGAGCGAGAAAUGUUCCUCUUUUAGGAUACAGAAAGAGGCUAAAAUAAGAGUUCAGAAGAGCAGAAAAACAAUAUACAAGAGGCGAUACGGUCUUGAGUCCCUGCUUGUCCCUUUACCGUCAUCAUGGCCUUUUGUCCCACAAUCCAUCAGGACAUCCUGGGCCGCGCAGCCACACGCCAUGAUGACAAAUCUGCCCGUCAGACAAACACAGUCCAGCAUGUCAAGUUGGCAUUUCAACCGCACGGAUUAACUUUCAGACACACUCAGAAGAAGACACGAUGAACACAUUUAGACAGAACAAAGUGGCCUUUAUACUGACAGAAACCAGGUAAUAAAGAGAGCAGAUUUGUUGGAACCACGUUGUUAGUAUUCGUAGAAGCUGUGAGUCAUUUUAAGCAACGGGAUAUUUUAUUCUCUCUGAAGAGCAGCGACCCUGGGCUAAUCUGUUUAAGAGCAGAAAUGUCAUUACUUAGCUUUAAUUUUUAAUCUUUUUUACCUUUUUAACAGCCAGUCAAAAUGCCUUUAUAGUUCUUGCUUUCGUCAGUGCUUGCACAUUGCCAUUAUUGUCGAGAGUAGUUAAAGGAAGAUUGUGUUAAUGUAAGACAACCCACACUCUCAGUAAUGCUUCAGUAAUUAUGAUGCAUAGAGGCAAUAAAAAGGAGAGUGUUUUGACGGGGAAGUUAUUUCAAGCAAAUAGUAAUAAAGACAAAAUUUGGUUUCUCCCUGUUGAGUAAAAAAUGCAUCAUAGACGGUAAUGUAUUCUAAUUUUGGUGAGGUUUGCCAUCUUAAACACAGGAUGGUGAUUAAAGCAUCUUUCUAAAUGUUUGUUUUCCUUUUUUUAUUUUAAUUUUUGCACAUCUGCAGAAUAAUACAUGCUCAAAACAAAAACAAGGUUGAAAUGAGGCUGAUGUUUUAGUAAUAUGAGGCUUUAAUCUUUGUGUGAUUUCUAUUUACAUACGUACGUAUUCAGCUUUCUUGUGAAGCUCCUUAUGCUGGUUUUAAAGUGAGUUAGUAUUAUAAAAAAAAAUAACUUCUUUAAAAUAUAAUUUUAUCUAAUGCUUUUCUACCAAGUCACGGUACUUCAUGUUAAAUACCUUUGGAUUGUCUUUUGCAGUUUUAUCAGUUAGACUCUCUUCAAGUUGUUUAUAUCAGGUCUCUAUUUGGGAAGAAAUGCACUUCCAUUGGAUGCUAGAGGUUUUAUCUGUGGAUCUAAGGAACUUUUUAUUCAAAAUGAUUAAAUCAAAAGUAUUUAGAUAUUUAUAAGGCUUGCAGAACAAGAAAUCAACAGAUUAAGUGCCAUUGACUGGCUUCUUUGUAAUCACCAACAGGGGGCGUUUGUGUGGAACCAGAUUAAAACAUUGUAAGAUUUACAAGCCAACAUAUAUACUUGUAAUGUGGGACUUUUCUGAUAUAUGUAGCUUUAAAUUAGUCUAAUUAUAUUUUUUCCCAAAGCCAAUUAGUUUACAGUUUUUGCUGUGAAAAUUUCCUGUGUCAUUAACUGCUAGGUAUGGCAUCCCACAGGGAUCUUUCCUAGGACCACUUUAGUUUUCACAGUACCUGGCAGCACUGGGUAAAAAAAAAAGUAUUUUGCUAUAAUUGUGAUUCGAAAUGAUCAGCUUUUGAUUGUUGCCUUCACUGUUGUUUCAUUUACAUCUAAAGGAGGUGGUAAAAAUAGCUUUUUUUCCAUCUCAUCAAGUUAAAAAUAUUUCUGUCUUGUAAGGAUGAUGAGGUUCAAAGAUGUGGACUGGGUUAUCGUAACUUUUGUCUUUUUAGGUUCGCCAACAAAUAAAAUCUGUAAAAACUUUGAACAGUUUAAGAUUUUGCGACUCUUACUUUGACCACGUUUGAGCAAAUUAGCCCUGUGUUGGGCUCUUUUCUUUUUUAAAAUGUGUUUACUGAGAUAAGAGUGAUUCUGAUCCAAAAAUACAACUACUUGAAAAUGUUUGUAUCUCAAUGCCAACAAUAAGAGAAUCAAUAGACAAUCUAUGGGGGUGGGUGUGGGGUGGGGUGCUCUUUUCAUCAGGACUUACAGAGCCAAUCAGCAGUGUUUCUGUGGAACUGAUGCACUCAAAAGAACCUCAAUCUGCUUUUGUAAUUCAGCUCACAGUGUAAUGAUGGCUGGUAACAGAAAGAAAAUCCUUCUUGGCUUCUGUCUGCUCUUGUCUCAUUUUCUCCCUUUGUGUUUUGUUCUGGUUUUUCUGCGGCGCUCCUGUUUUUGUCUCCCACCAGUUGCUACCUUUGCCUCAGUUUCAUACCUGUUCCCCUUUUUGUAUACAGGUAAUCUCUGAGUGUCCCUCUUUGGGCCCUUUUUUAUACGAGUGUGCUUUAUAUUAAGCAACAAUUUUCAACACCACGGGCUGAGGGAGAAAUUCAUAGAAACUGUUGUUACUGUCCCACUUGUUACCAGCAAUGCUGACCAAGCUCUGGUCGUACAGGGAAUAAACAAGCCUUAUCAGGGUGUCCAGUACCCCAUACUCAGGAUACCCUGAAGGACAUGGUCGAAUGCCUUCUCAAAGUACACAAAGCAAAUGUGGACUGGUUGGGAAAAGUCCCAUACACCCUCAAGGAUCCUGCCAAGAGUGUAGAGCUGGUCCACAGUUCCACAACCAGGACAAAAACCACAUUGCUCCUCCUGAAUUUGAGGCUUGACUAUCAGAUGGACCCUCCUCUCCAGGACCCCUGAAUAGACCUUUCCAGAGAAGUUAGAUGAGGUGGCUUAGGCAUCUAACCAAGACGCCUCACUGGGCACGUCCCACCAUUAGGAGACCCCAGGGUAGACCAGGACACUGGAGAGGAUAUGUCCUGGGUCCCCCAGGGUAGAGCUUGAUGGAGUGGUCGGGGAGAGGGAAAUCUGGGCUUCUUUGCUCAGGUAACUGACUCUAGCUGAGCAGUAGAAGAUAGAUGGAUGGAUGUUGUUAUUGUCACAUACUUGAUAUACUUCAAGUUCAUGCAAGGAUAUUUUGGCCUAUGCUGAUUUGGCGCCCCCUGUAGGCACCGAUUUAUAGCUUCCAAUCCUGUGCAUGAUAAGAUAACAUUUCCCAACAAAAUAACCUCACCUGCUUUUAUCAAACAGUCAAGCAUGUCAGUCAUUGUGAAUUUGCUGUUAAAAAUGCAAAGAAAGGCUGCCAGUCUUCUGGUCUGACACCGAACCCUUCUUAGUGAUUUGGCAUACAUCCUAAGUCUUGUUGGUGAUGGUCAUUUUUGCUUUUGUAGGCCAUAAAGAGGCUGCAGUAUUAAUUUCAGUAGGAGCUUUAACAAUGAAAGGUAAAAGCUAGAACAUCAUUUUUGAAGAGCCGCAGACUGAGCUGGUGCAUUUACAGUCUACUGUCAUGUGCGAAAAAGAAACGACCAAAAAUAAGUCAUUGUUAUCGUCAUAAUGCCAACAAAUUAGUUUAGACUAAAAAAGCUCAAAGUUGUUUAAACAAGUGUUGUUUGACUCUUGAUCAAACUUAUAUUCACACAGACAAAUCAUCACUUUGAGUUUAUGCUUACCUGUGAGAGUGACGCUGGUAAUUGGAUUUGUUGUCCUCCUCUAGCCUGCAGACCUGUGCACACAUCCCUCAUUAUAACUGCAUGCAGAAAACUGUUUGUACCUUCAGAAAACGUGAAAUCCAAAGACGUGUGAAGUGAGUCUGAAUUCAGAGUGAGUGCACAUAAAUUUGACCCACAAACACUUUGUAUUCCAGCAGCAGAGCAGAUCCGAAAACUCAUUAUUGUAGCAGGAUGUAAAGUAUACAUCUGUUCUGCAGGUCUCACUUUGAUUUUCUGUUUUUGAAUAUCAUGAAAUGAUUGAAUUCAUUACUCAAAGUGAAGGGUUUGCUAUUCUUAUCUCUGUUUGUGUUUGAUCAGAUGUCUUGUAACAGCAAAAGUCAUUAUUUGAAGUGAUCUCAAUGUUCUUGAGUGUUUCAUUUCAAAUCAAAUAUCCUGUUAGAUCCAAGCUGCUGUUUGUUGGAGAGGUUUGCGCUCUACUUAACCUUUAUUUACUCCGAUAUACUCCUCUUGUUUCUCACCAUUUUAUUGGUGUAAGAGUUAUGAAAAAACUCAGUGGAAGAGCAGCAGCUCUGCCAAGCAGGAGGAUGAAUAAGCAAGUGUACUCAUCAUCUAUAUCGAUUCAGGGUUACUAUAAGCUGAGAGUUACAAAGAAACUCGUGAUGUAACUUCAAACUGAGGGCAUUUUAAUCCCGAGAAAUCUUCUAUUUUGACAUUUUAAAUGCUUGAAAAUAAUUUCUGAAAGACUGAACAGUCACCCAAUUUGAUGGCUAAAGCAAACGACCCGCAAACUUUUCACAAAGUUUUAACCUUUUUCUUAUUCCUGAGAGCCAGGGUAUUUUGCAUACAGAAACAUAGUAUUCAGUUAAAAGAUGGAUGUCUGUGUACUGAAGCACUUUAGAACAACAAAUAUUGUGUAUCUUUUGGUCACUGGACGGCUAAACAUAACCACAUCCAUGUGAAAGAGUGCUGGCUUGACAUUAGUCCAGAAGACGGUCAUUGACACCCUCCACAGAAAGCCACAGCUGAAAAAGUCGACUGAGUGAUGUUUCAAAGUGUGUUAACGGAGAGUUGGUUAAAAAAGGAAAAAGCACUGAGAAAGGACGAACAAACACCAACCACGGCCUUGAAAGUUGUCAAGAAAAGUCAAUUUCUCGAAGUUUUCGCUGCCAGUUAGUAUGUGUAGAUGCUCGGAUGAUUCCAUUGAAGAUCGAUUUUGUCUUGCAUGUUUACGGUUCAGUCGAAGUCAAACAGGCCUAAGCGUUCUGUUAAUGCCCCGGUGUUUGUAUGUUAGGCUCUGAACCGGUGAUUGAACAGUCAGCUAAACAGAUCUUUCAUUUUGAUGGGCAAAAUGUCUCAAAUGAUUUGGUAUUCCAGUAGUUUUUUCUGUAAAUCCAAUGCAAAAUGGCGACAUGAUAUUGGAGUUUGUGCCAAACUUUUGACUUCACAUUAGGCCUCAGUUUUUGUCGAGUCAUGUCGAUGCUCUGUUGCCGUUUAGUAAAGUUCAGGAACAGAAAAAUUCUUGAUGAUGUUGCAUUUAGGCGAGUGUAGAAAGGGCAUUCAUUACGCUAAAAGCGUGCAGCUGCAAACUAAAGUCUGUUAACUUCCCCAAAUCUGCAACUCUUUAACUGCUGAGUCAGACUCAAGGUAAAAAAAAAAAAGUACUAGUCAGCACAGGUGCAAACAUGGCAGAGGAUCCAUCAUUUCCAGCGAUCUAGGGGGGCACAGUCAUUAGGAAAAUCUAAAUAUGACAAAAAAUCUGCUUAAACUGGAUAAUAUGGGCCUGAAAACUCCCCUAAAAUGUUCAAUUAUGAAGAUAUUUGGUGUUUCUUAGGCAGAGGAGAUAUUUGCUCUCUAACAGAGUCUGUUUUAGUCUCAGGGAAGAAGGGGGACAAAGAAAGGAAACAAGGAAGGAAUGAAGGAAGGACGGAAGAGGGGAAAGAGGAUGGAAAGGAAGAAAGAAAGAAAUAAAGUAAGAAAGAGGGGAAAGGAAGGGAGGAUAAAGAAAGGGAAAAAGGAGGGGAGGAUGAAGGAAAGGGAGAAAGGAGGGGAGGAUGAAGGAAGAAGGGAGGAAGGAGUGUAGGAUGAAGGAAAGGGAAAAAGGAGGGGGAGGAUGAAGGAAAGGGAGAAAGGAGGGGAGGAUGAUGAAGGAAAGGGAGAAAGGAGGGGGAGGAUGAAGGAAAGGGAGAAAGGAGGGGAGGAUGAUGAAGGAAAGGGAGAAAGGAGGGGAGGAUGAUGAAGGAAAGGGAGAAAGGAGGGGAGGAUGAAGAAAGAAAGGGAGGAAGGAGGGGGAGGAUGAAGAAAGAAAGGGAGGAAGGAGGGGAGGAUGAAGGAAAGAAAGAAAGAAAGGAGGAGACGAUAAAGGAAGAAAGGGAGGAUGAGGGAAAGACAGAAAGGAGAGGAGGAUGAAGGAAGAAAGGGAGAAAGGAGGGGAGGGUGAAGGAAAGGAAGAAAGGAGGUAAGGGAGAAUGAAGAGGGAGGGAGGAUGAAGUGAAGGAGAGAAGGGAGAAUAUUGGGACGAAUUGAUUGAAGGAGGGAGGGACAGGCAUGAAAGAAUAAAAGAAGUUAGGGAGGAAGAUGAAAGAAAUAAAGGGAGGAAAAUAAAAAGAUAAUCUGUUGGAUAAAUGUCUGAAUGGAUGUUUUAUUGGGACUGCUGGAAGACCGAGUUGGAACAGCCAACAGGUUUAUAAUUUCACUCUGCUUUGGUGAGUCUGUGGAUCGAAUGUAAAAUAUGAUUUCAAUCACAGAUAUGAUGGUUUCAGGGAAAACUGUCCAUCACACAAACCAGUUCAAAGAAAGUUUAGGUUUUUCUGCCUUUUUGUUUGUCUGCAGCUGAAACUUUGAGUAUAGAGCUAGGCUUAAUAUAUCUCGCCAACCUCUCUUCAUUGCAUGAAAACAGUGCAUGUACUUAGAGACGGAGGGGGACAUCAUUUCCCCAGACCCAGAGCUGCUAAAUAAGCUCUGGAAUAGGUCGACCUGUCUGCGAAACUGCUUGGGUGUGAAUGCAGCAAUGGCAGCUGUUUUCGCUUCGCUCUACAUAUUGAGGUUUUUUUAUGUACAAGUUUGUGUGUGCGUGUGAGUGUGUGUGUGUGUGUGUGUGUUUGCACACUGUUCGACCUGUCCCUUGUCAGGUGCGGAGAGUGUUUAACAAAUGACUGCCAGCUCGGGGACACAGGGGCCAGGGACCUCUGCCAGGGAGUGGGCCAACAAUAAAUCUGAAAAAUCAAUAUGACAGCACCCCGGGGUAAUCAGUAUCAAUGAUUUUAAACUGGAAUAAGCCCCUCAGGGGGAAGAAUGAUAAAAUCCUUUGAGCUUGGGGUUUGAAAAACAUCCUGAGGAUGAAGGAUGGUGAAGAGAAAGAAGAAGAGAGUGAGGGGGAGAAAAGAAAGAGAUUAUUGAUGCUUUCUCCCAGACAGCCCUACAGCAGGGUACGGAUCUCUGUUGUGCUUUCUCUUUCUGUCACCUGUGAUCUUUUUUUUUUUUUUAAUUCUUCUUUUGGUCAUCACUCACUUUUCUGCCUACUCUUCUAAUCCCAACAGUCACAACACUCAACACUUCCAUGUUUAAGAAAAAAAGAGAGCUGAUAAGUCAUGACUAUAAAUGAGAAGCAAUAGUAGGCCUAUUACAGAUCCUUGUGGUGCACCACAUUUUAGUUUAAUAGUGCUUAAUGGGAUAUUUAGAUGUAAAAUUAAUUUAGGGUCAAACACACCGUAACACAGAGUUAGACACCCCCUCCAGAGAUGAAUGUUGCCGACCGCUUGCUUCUCUAGUUUUACCUGCUUUAGUAACGACCGCAGGAUAGCAACACAGAGAGACACACGCUCAACCAAAAAGCCACUCUAUAGCCACAAAUAAUGCUCAGAACAGCACCUAACUUCAUCAACAGUACAAAUAGGGUCACAGCCAAAGAACUAGCCAUCAAACAUCUUUUGUGCUUUGCCUAAUUUCUUUAGCAAAGAGACUAAACACAACUCACCUACUCUCUUCCAGCAGCCGCUUGUUUGUAGCGGGACCUCGGGCCAGUCCAUCAACUGCAGCGGGGUGACGCAGCUCAAGGAAGAACAUUUAUGAUCAUGACUUUAUCAUUUCCUUUAAGUAAUAAUCACCAUAUUAAUCAUUUUGCGCUGCAGACCCAGUAGUUCUUCUGCCUUAACGUCUCGGUCUGAUUACAUUUCCAUGAGGAAAUGACCACCAACCAUUGAUCACUACAUACUAUCUUCUGUUUUCUUUCACUCAUACGACUUCUAUACUAUUUCAGCAUGUCCUGUGUGACACUACCUUUUAGUUUUCAAGCAUCAUGGUCACUACUUUGUAAACUCUGACUGAAAUGACAAAAGAAACAUGAUUGUACAUUUAGAGACCCAUACUGUUUUGGUUUAGUCUUGCUGCAAAAACAACUUUUGGACGUGUUGAAGAUCUCUUAGAUAACGCCACCUUUGAAAUGUUAGACUUGUAGAAUCUUCGCUUACAUGACAGUUCAACUUGGUUUUGUUGGUAGAGCUGAUGCAGCCUGGUGCAGGUGUUGUUCUUGUCGACUUAAAUCAGGAAAACAGCCAAAGGCACGGUCAAUAUUAUUUAUAAUAGAGGAUGAGGGUUAACAGCUGGGGUAAAGCAGAAGCUAAAGUGAUCCUUUAGUCUGUUCGGUUUCAUUCUGGAGGCACAGCUACGCCCUUGCUUGCAGGACUUCUGGAGAGGUGUAUUCUUCUUUUGUUCUGUAUAUUCUGUACUUUAUAGGAGGCUCAUUGUUGGCAGGAAGACUUGGCUGGUUUGGUUCCCCGUGUGGUGCCGGCAGGUCCCUGGAACAACGGCUUGUGCCCUUUGCUGAAGACAGUAUUUAAUCACCUUCCCUCCCCCUCCUUGGCACCAAUCGGAAAUGUGGUGAAUGCUACCCUGUCAUGCUUGAAACAUCUGUGGUCCUCUGUGGGUAAAUGUCAACAAAUAACAUUCAGUCAGCGUUUAAAACAUUUAUCUGCCCCGCAGUUUCUCUUAGCACAGCCUCCUCCCCCUCCCUGCUUGGAUGCAGCUGCCUCGGGUCCGUCCCCUUGGAUGUAUUUAAACCCAGAUAACACCCUAAUACCCAAACACUCACUGAAGCCAGACUUCUGCAGGCAUUCAUUUCAAAUAUGUUUGCCUCUUUUUCAGCAGAUAAACAUUGAAUCUGUAAUAAGUUGCUUUCAAAGGAAUGCAAACCCCGAAGAGAUGUUUAGGCUUCAGCGAUAGAAGGUAGAGCUGAAAGCAUAUGUCACACCAGUUAGUUAGACACGAUGCCAAUCUUUAGUCCUUUUUCAAGUCUUCUCUCUUUAACCUUGUAACAAACACUUAAGUGACUUUUACUUCUUGGUACAAUGUUUUCAUAUCACAAAGAGAAAGAAGUUCACCUUGCAAAACUAUGACCGGUUAUCUAAGUAUAAGUAUCUGUGAAGGACUGAAAUCCAAUUUCUCAGACUUUCUCUUCGUUAUUUAGAGUCUUUCAGUAAAACAUACAUUUAAACACUCAGUAUCUUUCAUAUUGUUUCUGAGAUAUUGAGGAAUUCCCAGAGUUUAGUCAUAAAUCAAGCAGGGAAACCUCAUUCAAAUACAGCUAAUAUAGCCCCGUUCAAAGCAGUCCAACAACUCUGAAAAUGGGGCAUGAACCCACAGAUCUCAGAUCAGAAGGUUUGUGCUUUUGAAGAGUAAACAUUUGAACUGGUAAACUCUGAGGAAAUCAUGCGAGAGAAGCUCUAAAAACCAAACAACAUCAAGUAUGAUAUAAAACAAAGAAAGUCAGAGAGGCUGAAUGAUGCUCUCACUGUCUGUGGUUUUUAACUCUGAGUUGCACAUGUCUGAUCUACAGAUAGCACCAUUACAUGUAGAAAACCACACACAGAUGAAAACCUGCAGAUAAGAAGCACAUGUCGCCCUCGUGUCUCUCACCGCCCUCGAACCUGUGAAGCACUUUCUCUGUUCUGCGGCGAACAGCUGCUUCCUGACAUGAAAUGUCACAGCAGCUCAUAAGAGAACAACUUAACACCUGAAAGGUCACCUAAAGCGGAUGAGUGCUCUGCUGUCCUUCUAUCCUGUCUCACUUUGCAGACUCCCCUCAUCAUCUUUCAAGCCCUCGACUCACCGUUUCGUCAUGUCCUCUGUGGUAUCUCAGUUUUUACAUCCCCUCCCCGCUCCUGUUCACUCUAUCUCUGUCUGUCACUGUCUAUUCAGAGCAGAUUAGAAGCAAUCAAAAGGCCGGCCGACGCUGACUCAUGAGACUGUGAGUCUGCGUUUGUGUUCGAGACGCUGGAAGAGCAUCAAGGUUAAUCUUUAGACAAAUCUGCGUCUUGUUGGUAUCACAAUUUUUGUCCUUUUGUAUUUGCAGUUUUGGUCUUACAUGUGCAAAAACACACAAACACAGCCUCUUACCUAGCUAUCGAUGAUAGGAUGCUAACAAGCAGAUACACAGCAUUGCUUUGAAGAUGAUUUCAAUGAAAGUCUCUCUGAUUUGAUGGUUUGAUGGUGUUCUGUUAGGCUACAAGUUCAUUCACAUCUAUAUCCUAAAAUUAGCAUUUCUGCGGCAUUCACUCAACUAGUUGAGGUCUGAAGAUACUCCAUGUCUGUUUUCUUCAAUUCGAUGGAUGUGUCUUCAUUCUGCUCCUUGUUGUGUUUCACUACCCUGUGUUUCACUUCUCUGCUGAUGGCUCGUCAACCAUCACCACCAACAACGUUUGAAGCAUCUGUUGCAAUCUCUCCUUGUGGUGACCACACUCCAUCGUCGGAAGUCAAACAGUGCAUCCAUUAGUAGUCGGAGGAUGUUUCGCUGUUGCAGCCUGACCUUUGGGCUUGUGAUGAGGUGUAUCUCUGACGGACAGUGUGGUCGAGAGAGAGAGCAAUGAUGCCUGUGCCUGUUGUCCUACGCUUUAAUACAGGCGACGGUAUUGUAACUGAGACAGCCGUGACGUAUGAAAUUAGAGGGCAUCACUUCAUCUGAAUCUUUGAUUUUCUGAUUGUCUUAGUCUCUAACUCUAAAUGGAGACAAACUUUUCAUGUUGGUGCAUUUCCCCUGAUUUCAGUCUAAGCUGCGAACUUUAAAAAUCUAUGUGUAAUACAGAGACUCGUAUCUGGAAAAUCUGCUUGUUGGGAUUCUACAUAUUCCAGAUAGUUUUAUAAAGACAGCCGACACACGGUACUUUUCAUGAGACUCUAAGCAGAGCUAAUGGACGCUCAAAGCCAAACCCAUCCAUGAAAAUGUUGGCACAUUCUCUUUCUAACGUGUAUUUUCGUUUCCUGCUAAAGGUCAUGAGAAAUUGAAUUCAUGACUUGUCUUCGGUAUGUCCAACACACAGGACUACCUUUGUCUGAAUUAAGACGGGGCUGUUCAGCACAAAGCUGAAUGGAGCCUGUUUUUACAGCUCUGUACGUGGACAUGUAAUGUGACGCUGCGAUGGCUCAAACCUGCCCACAGUGCCAAAACUACCACCAUGACCUUGAUAUAACAAGACAAGACAAAGCGACUCUAGAAGGGUACCAGAGCCAGAGAAAAACUCCACACCCACUUCUUAGAUUCCUCUCAAACAACACGAAUACACUCAAACGCACACCGAGGGUGGUCAUAAAGCCACUGGAGCCUCCUCUCUGCAGAGCUGCCGCACAGCGUUCAGCUUUUAUUCAGCUGCUCAUAAGUCAUGAAAGCUGAAGGACCAGAGAGGUUAAUUAUUCCAGUCUUCACAAUACCCAAGGUCUGCUUACAGAUCAGGAUUUACAGCAUCACACUGUAUGUUACUGUAUCCUCCAACAAUGUACAAACACGCAGAGCAGUCGUCAAAAAACAACAAAACACGCAACAUCAGCUCUGAAGACUCAAAAGGUUUUCAAAGCUUCUCACUGAGUCACUCAUGGUUCAAUAAUCUUUUCACAGUCUUCAGAAUAUUAUGGCCAAUCCCUUUCACAACACAAAUGCAACAAAUUUGUGAAAUUCCUCUUUUAGUCGGGUAAAACUGAGUAACCGUGAACCGUGCAGAAAGAAAAAAUGUCUGUAUGUUUUCAGCUCGGAUAGAAAAAAAAAAUAGUAUCAGCCGCAACUUAUCAAGAACUUCUCAAGGCUGAUGCUGUUCAUACGAGCAAAAAGAUCUCAGAUUCUCUUUAUUUUGACAAAACAUUCAAGCUCUUAUUUGCCACCUCUUCACUUGAAUAAAAAUUGAAGGCAACAAGGUUAUCUCAGAGUUUCAGUCAAAUUUAAGAAAUGUUUUCUGGAGCCAGUUUUACAUGAUUGUAGAGCGUUUUCAGCUGUUUAUCGGACUCUAAAACUACUCCUUAGUUAUUAUUCAAAUGCUCAGUGAAACUACAGACUUCGAUGUAUGAACUUGCCACAUGUGUUCAAAGUAGGCCUGGACGAUAUAGAAAAAAAGCAUAUCGAUAAAAAAUAAAUCAUAUUGAUCGAUAUCGAUAAUUAUCGAUAUAAUUGUUAUAAUUAUUUAACAUAUAUUUUAAUUGCAGCCCUGGAUGUUUUAUGCUAUUGCUUAAUGACCUACUUUUAAUAAAGAACACACAAGCACUGAAUUCAAAUUCAAACCUUUAUUCAACCACCUUUUUUAUUUUACCACAACUGAAAGUUUUUUAAAAAAGAACUAAAAAAAAAAGAAAUCAACUGAAGUGGCCUGAGUGACGUCAGUAAAUACUGACAAACAUAAAGACUAAAGUGACCAGAAAAUCUGAUAAAUAAAUAUUUAAAUAGUCUUUUGAUGAAAAUAAACAAAACAAACAAUUAUAUAAACAGAAUAGCUUUAGGUGGGAAUAGCAUACUACCAGUUUUAACUGUGUGGGAAACUGCCCACAGCCUGGUGUCUGAACACUGAAAUAUUUCUCCCGGGGUCGGGAGAUUUAUUUUUUUUAAUUAUCAUGUGAUUGACUUAAUACGCAGGACUUAGCCACGCCGGUGUUGUGUCGUAGAAUGCACCCCUGCCGAAUGCACCCCCUGCUAGUAGCCAUGAUCCACAUACUCGCGUCUUUGUAAAAUAUGAGCUCAUUUUCUUCCACUUUAAGAAGCUAAUGAGUGGACGGGAUGCAGGGGUGCAUUCUACGGAACAACACCGGAACGUAUGUCCUCCGCACCCUUCUCACCUUUUCAACCCCUGACCCAUUUUCAUGCCUGAAGCGCUGUGUUUGAGAAAUACUUGCGGCCGGGCACUUCAUAUCGCGGGUCGAGAGUGGCUAGAAGCUGUUUGAAGCCAGGCUUUUCAACGGUAGUUAUUGGCAGUAUGUCCCUCGCUAUGAAGCAUGUUACUGCAUGGGUGAUGUCCUUAUGUCGCUCGGACGCUUUGUCGUAUUUUGGCAAGAAACGAAGUCCAGUUUGGUCUGCUUCACUUGCUUUGUGCUGGUGCUGGCAGCGGUUCCAGAGGAUUCCUCCGACGACGUGGAGCCGCGGCGCGGCCGACACAGCUCGUACUCCUGCGGGUGCGAUCGGUUUAGAUGGUAAAACAAGUUGGUUGUGUUACCAGACUUGGUUUUUACUAAUUCUCUGCAAAUUUUGCAAACGACCGCUGUUCGCUUUUUGUCAGACUUGUAAAAACCAAAACAUUGCCAUGCUGGUGAACUACUGAAACCUUUUUUCGGGACAAUGUCCUCCGCUUCUCGUUGCUGUAUCAUUUUUUCUAAUACACGUGCUGUCUGUUGUGGUUUGAGAGGGGCUGGGCUUGGUGCCUUAGCGUACCUGGGUCUGCGUUUGUGAUUGGUUGGGAGGAAGUAAUGACUGUAGUAAAAGCUACAUGAUAGGCUAUGAUGAAAAAGAAAGGGAAACUGUGUUUUUCUAUCGAACUUUUUAUCGACCCGUUUUUUUUCUAUCGCACCACACGUCUAUCGAUCGAUAUAUAUUGUUAUCGAAUUAUCGUCCAGCACUAGUUCAAAGUAUGAAAUGCUUAUCGACCAACUAUAGUGAGCACAAGCCCAGUGUGAGUGUGUGUGUGUGUGUGUCAGUUUCAUUGCCAGUGCUGCGUCUCUGGACUAAUUAAGCAGGUAGGCGGUGCAGACAAGGAGCGGUCUGUUCACAAUGAGCUGAUGGCCAUUAAUGCAACCUCUAACUCCACUUUAAUCCCUCAGAGCAGCAGAGAGACGGAUGAGCUGAGUGUGUGUACAGUGAGUGCAGCUGAGAGAGAGUGUGUCUGUACAGUGAGACGCAGAGGGAUGGACAGACGGUGACCUAGAAACGCAGAGACAGUAGAGAAAGGACUGAAGGUUCAGAUGGAGAGAACAGGGGAACUGUGAAGUGGAAUAACAGGAUUCGUAUCUUGAGAAAGAGGAAUAAAAAGUAUCUCAGAUCCAGGUUUCGAAUCAAUCCCUUUAUGUUCCUCCUUUUUCAGAUAGUCUCUCUGUCUCGUGUAACUCUAAUCUGCCGCCAACAUCAGGCUCAUGUUCUUUCGCUCAAGUAUUCAUUAGUUUAAUGCGCCCUUUAUGCCUUUUAGUGAUUAACAGAGUCAGUCAACAUGAAAAUGACUAAAUAAAACUCUUCUUUUGUGUGUUUGAGGCAGAGAUUCGUGAGCCGCCUGACUGUGUCGGUCACCGUCAGUGUUGGGAUUUGUCUCUGAAAAUAAACCACGUUAUAGAGCCGGGUGUCUUCUCAUUGCCCUUCUCAUUUCAUGUGUCCUCUUGUGUGUGCUGCAGACAGACAUGUCCGCCUCUGCUCCCCUCCUCAAACCCUCUCAGCAGGUCCCUUUGGUGCAGCCUGAUUGGUUUGCAGCAGCUCGUUUCUCAGCGCGGCUCUUGCAGGAUGUUUGCAGUUGUCCGGGGGCAUCUGAGUCUGUUUGAACGCAGUGCACCUCGGGCCGACUGCCUGCAGAAAUUGAAGCCUUCUUUCCUCCCUGAAGAGUGGAGUUUUUGAUCUAUUUUCUGCUAAACAAUCUUCUGUCUGUUACAAUAACAUCCUCCCCUGCGGAUGGAGAGCCUCCCGCUGGAGACAUUUCCUCCUUUACCUUGUUAGGUUUGCAGGUGUGUUCCUGAUUGCAGGUGUUUGCACAGCUAACAGCAGGCUCCCUCCCCUUCCCCCACAUGAUCAAGAGAACUUGCAGUGACGCGUCUUCUUGAUGAAAAUAACUCAAACUGAAAAAAAAAGCAAACAAACACCUUUUGCCGACUCAUUCGGUGUGUCCAAUGCUUGCCAAACUCUUCAGCCAGAUUUUGGCAGCACACAGGAUCAGAUGAGAUGUGACCUGCUUUUUUAAUGUACAAAUACAUUAAAUCUGGCUGUUGAUCCAAGUGGAAGAGUGGGUGUUUUGAAAGAAAAGGUACAAAGUGUCACUGAGGUUAGGCUGGAGGCGUCUCUUCUUGCUAAUAUCUGCAUAAAUUUAGAGCGGAGUUGUGGUCAAACAGAAUAACAGGAUAAACAAAUGUUUCUAAACUUGCCUUUAGGUUUAUAACUUAUUUGCAUCUGUGAAAUUAUUGGAAAUGUCUUGAGCUGAUCAUGUUGUUAUUAAAUACUCCACAAUAUAUUCUCCUUCAGCAGCUAGAUUAUCUUUUUUAGAAAGACUUGGUUUGAACUUUAAGGUAAAAUUCUUAGAAAACAUCAGGAUUCUUUGACACCAGGAGCAUGUCAUGGAAGGUUGGAAGUUUUCUAAUCUCCCCUGCAGGGACAUAAACCUGCCCUUGUGCUCUGAGCUGCAGAGACGGUUAUUUGGUUUUAUUUAACCUUAAUUUAACCAAAAGGACCACUAAAAAAAUCUGAUUUGUUUUCAAAGUCUAAGUUUGAGCCAGAAUCUGACGUCCAAAUACUGACUUUUUUAAGAAUCCUGAAAUAAAUGUAAGUUUUCUCAGUUUAAAGUCAGAAUGGUGUGUUUUUCAGCUUAAGAUUUUGACUUUAAACUCAAUAUGAGAUGAAAUUCAGAAAUUUAAAUCAGAAUAGGGACUUUCUUCAUAGGAUUCUGGGAUUAUGGUUAGAAUAUUGGGUUAAGUUCAAAAUUCAGACAUUUUUUCAGAAUUCCACUUUUUUUCUAAGAAUUCUGAUUUUAAAAUCAAAACUGUGACUUUUUUCAUCUGAAUUUUUUAUUUUAAAGUCAGAAAUUUGGAAUUGUUUUUCUCAGAGUUCUGACCUUUAAUGAAGAUUUUGAAGUAUGAACUUUUUGAAUAAUAUGAGAAAUGUUGCAUUCCAGUCGUACUCAGAAGUCCGAGUUGGAAAGAGUAGUAAAGAGUAACAGUGAAAGCUCUUGUAAUGUUUUAUUUAUUAGCACUUCUGGUUUGUUUUUGUGAAAUUGAAAAAGUGGUACAUGUUGUUCUGCCCGAUGUCUGACUGUGAACGCGGUGCGAUGGUGUUUGUAAGAGUAAAAUACUGUGUUAUACGUUGUUUACAACUGGUAUAGCUGACAACAACUAACAGCAGCUGACAUUUGUAACUGUAGGCGUCCAUCUUGGUUUUCCAACUUGUUAACUAGAACGCCGUCAUCUCAGGUGUAACGUCAUUCCCAGCUCCGAUAUCCAACUUCAGGAAUGCAGCAUUUAGCCCAAAUUCCAAAGAUUUAGUAGUUAGUAAGAAUUUUGACUUUUCUUGCAAAUCUGUGAUUAAUUUUGGAUUUUAAAUUCAGAAAUCUGGGAAAUAGUCAGAAUUCAGAUCUUAAACUCAGAAUUUUCAUUUUUAUCUCAAAAAAAAAAGUUAGAGGGAGAUCUGACCAAGAAAGCUUUCAAGAGUUAUACAGACACACAAGGAAUCAGACUAGGAUUCACAAGCACUGAAAUCUGCACCAGUUGAAAAACUACCAAGGGGUCAUUUGUGCAAACGGGCAGACUAAAAUCCAAGAGAUUCUGCAGGAUCUGCUUCAACUUUUUCAUUUUUUGUUUAAAAACACGAAUUUAAAAGACACCAGAUCCAUGAGUUAUUUGUCAGUCUGUGAUGAAUCCUAAAGGGACAGAAAACAGCUCAAUUCUGUUCAAAUUACACAUUGAUUCUUAUGUACCCCGCUGAUCAAAGUGAUCCACGGGACCUCAGUGACUCUCCAGACUAAUUGGAUUGUGGGGUCUUGCCCUCAUUUUCCCCCGUCCUCAUCUGUAUGCGACUUGAGAGUGUCAAAUUUCGUGUUUUGUGUUUCUCAUAGCAGGUAUUGUGUUGCUAGUGUUUGUGGUGUGGACCAUCCGCGAGUCGGCUGGUACGGAUUUUUGUUACAGUCAAGAGUCUCUCGUGGAGCCAUGAGGCCACAUGAGUCCACGGGCCUCUGACUUUAAGAUCAAGCAAGCUGGUGCAUGGAGGGCCUCCGCUCAUGAGAACAGAGACUCUUGAUAUUUUACAGGCUCCGCAGGUGGACAGGAACCUGUAAAAUAUGACUGGUCACAGCUGGCCCUUGCAGCAGCUGCACGGACAUGCCCCACUGUUUAAAAAGUGAUAGCGCAAACACAAAGCAGCCCAGUGAGAGCGAGUCGGAGCGAGCAGCUGCAUGGAUGGAGCUUCCCUUGGACAGAGGAUACAGUUUUUAAUUUCAGCCCUCAGCAGAUCAGCGCCACCCUUCAUUAACCCGCCCUGACCUGCUCAUUAAUUCACAUUCCUGCUCUAAUUGGGCAGCGGUGUGUGUAAUGGCUGCUGUACUCUGGCGCUCUCUGUGUAGAAUAGAAAAGAAAUGAUUAACAAAAGUGACAUCGCUGAGAGUGCGGCGCAUUCACUGCUCAGUCUGCCAGCCACUAGUGGGGAAUGAAGAACGUCUUCAGAGAAGAUGAAAGUGUAAUUAAAUUAAGGAGGAGAGGGGAUGUGGAUGAAGGGAAGGCUGUGUUCAUAUAGCCGCUUCACCAGCCGCGGGUUUUGAUCAGGGGAGCUAUAGGGGCUGCUGGGAUUGUUGAUAACAGCUGCAAAUGUAGCUCUAAAACAACAAAUAACACCAGCACAGAGGGUGAUCAAUUACACUGCAUGUUUAAUUAAAAUGUAAAUGAUAAAUUAUAUAGCAAGCAGAAUUUAAUGCUGUACACAUCCUUUGGACAAACACAACAAACAAACCAAACAGAGAGUGAAUCUGAGGGUUUAGAAGAUGUUGAAGAUGUUCGCAGAGAGAGCUGGAGCUCUUCUUGAUCGUGAUGAUCAAUGACAGACGGUCAUGUGGUUUUUAGGUGAACCAGCCUCUGUCACAGUGUGUUGGCGGGUUUGAAGUGUACAGGUAUGUUAUGUUUCUGAAAGAUCCUCCCCUCAGGAAUUGGAUAACCAUGACCUGAAUGAAUGAAAACCUCCACAGAUGACAUAUUCUCAUAAUCCAGUUUAUGAGUUCCUACCAAUUAGGACUCAGUCGAUAUCAAUAUUUAUCACGAUAUAAAAAAAUUACUUGUCAAUCUUAAAAUGUUCCCUGUUUCUCUUCAAAGAAAUUUAACAGUGCUUAUUGGUAGCAUAUCAAUCAGCUACUGCAUCUGUGAGGUCUUUGUGUCUCUUCAACGUUUUGUAGUAAGGCAUUGCAUUAGAGAAAGCGGACUGAAUGAUUGGCUGUUUUGACCGCAUAGGUGCCGUGUGCUCCUUGCUCCGCCGGGGUUUGUAACCUUUUGUUUGUUUGUUUGUUUGUUUGUUUGUUUGUUUAUUGUCCACAAGUGGAAAUUUGCCGCGUGGCACUGCUUCAGGUUGUGAAAAAGAUUUGAGGUUUUCCCCGACUUUGCAAGAACACCCUCAAAAAACCAAAAUACCUCCACACCACCAAAGUUUUUGUGCCAGUUCAUCUGUUGAGCCUUCACCUGCAUUUCUGCCGGAGUAACACUCAUUUUCUUUUGUUUCUCACCAACAGUGCUCUCGGCUUCACGUGUUAUAGUCCUAUGGUUGCGUGAAGCUGAAGCCCUCUACUACCCAGUUGUUUUCUACUUGGUUCUAAAUCAGCACAUGAUUAGUUCAGUGGGAAGCGGACCCAGAGCAAUUUCCCUUUUCAUUGUCUAUUUCAUCGUCUACCAAAACAUGGCAGAAUACCGACUAUUGAAAAGCAUAUUGACCAUGAUUUAUAUCGAUAUUGAUGUUGUUCUUGUUUUAUCACCCAGCUCUACUACCAUUAUGAAAGUUCUGUUAUUGUGGAGGGUACUGCUGUGGAUUUUUAGUUGAUUUAGUUGACUAUCCUAAAAACAGUAAACAGUAUGUCUGCAAUGAAAUGAUUUUAGGGGUAGUCUGUAGAUUGACCCAUGCUAAGUUUGUACUUUGUGAGUUGUACAGCAGCCGGUCACCAGGGGGAGCUCUAAAAGUUGAUCUUCACAUGCAGUAGAUAAAUCCUCUGGACUUCCACAUGACAGCAUGCAUGUUGUAUGUAGUGCUGCAUGAGUCUAAUGCACCAAUGUUCUUGGUUUUUGCACAUCUAAAUUCUGCUGAGACAAGUUGGUCAGGCCACAAUGACGGGAAAUGCAUGGAGCAGAAAAGUGCCAGACUCGUCCUUCGACAUAUGUUUCCACAGAUGAAUUUUGCUGCUGAUAAUGAAACCAAGUUGAAGAAUUAAUCCAUAAUAGCAGAUGCAGAGUCUUUGCAAAGUUUUAUCACAUUCAUUUCAGCCAAUAAACACGACUGAAGCCAACAUUUGUGCUUUCAUAAACUCUGUGCUAGAAAUUUAGAUCAUAUCAAUGGAACACGUCGGAUAAUAUACCAUCUGGUAUCUAUGCGGCAGUAUCAAGCGUGGUGGCGUGGAAUAUAAAUGGAGCCACUUGGGUUUACACGCUUUGUGACGCCCACUGCUGUGGAGUACACACGGUCACAUAUGCAGAUUCAGACUCAUUCAGACUGUGUGAAAGUCUCCGUACUCAGGAAGUCCUGCGUUCAGGGGCUUGUCGUGGGUUGCCGUUAAGUAAAAGCUGCUGAUUCGUCCACAUUUUCAAACCUCCAUAUGCUGCGUGGCUUCGAUCCAGUGAGCUGCUAAUUCCUGCAGCAGCAGCGAGCCAGUUUUAUUCCCCUGAUCCAACAGGACUCAUUAAAGGCCCGGUUCAGGUAUAGAUAACAGGUCUGUGUUUCAAACUGGAUCUGCUGCAGAAAACUGGUUUUGACUCAGGGAUCAAUGUUGUUGUUCUUGGAGUGCAGUGGAUCCUCUGUGAGCUCUAUCUGAAGGUCCACUCUUAUAUUUACAUUUAUUUUGAUGAAAUAGUAUUUUUCUCAGGAUGGGUGAGUUCUGUGUGGAUUCAAGAGUGUCUGAGUAAGCAGUCAGUGAUUCCUGAUCAUUCUGGCAGAUUUAUUCUCUAACGAUGUUGGCUCUGGGUAUCACUGCUCUGGUUUUCAGAUUUUUGGUUGAUGCCAAAUUACUGAAUGCUGAAACGGCUCUCGGCACAGAUAUACAUCACAAAGUCUUCCAAGUUAAUCAGCUGUUUCUUUUCUUCCCUGGUUCACUCCAGUAAAGUUGUUUGGGAAUCUGAUUUACACAGUAACAGUCGAAAUAUAAUGUGGCGUUACUGAAGCCAUGCUGUGUCCUGAAACUUUUUUGGAACAGAUAAAGUCAGUUUGUCCCCAGAAUCGCCCAAAAAAGACACUGAGCCCCUGUCUGCUGGAUGGCUGAUAGGUGACUAUUGGACAGAAUUAAUAUAUAUUAUUGAACGGACAUUGAAAGUAUGUCUGAACUUUGAAGUAAUGAAAAAUCGUGUACAUAAUUUCCAAGAAAAUUCUUCAAGUUUGUAGUUUUCCGAGUUUCUCUGCAGACUUCAGUCUUCUUCACUUUAGUUUCCAACUCAGUCGGACAUUUUUGAUGAAUGAUACUGCUGUCAGUCUCAAGAGUUCAUGUAUUCUUUUGAAUUUUUUCAUAACACACAAUUAUUUUCAUACUAAAAAAAGUGUGUGCGCGAAAGUUUUUAAGAGUUUUGAGCCUAUAGUUGCAGAAAAUAAUCACUUUUCAAUGUAUCAUCUACUUAUCCGUAACUCUCAUUUGUGAACAGUCCUUGUUGUCCAUCGAUGGUUUAUUCAUUACUUAAGGUUUAUUCGAUGUUGGUUUUCUGUUAAAUAUCCAUUCAGUCUGUCUUUCCCUUGAUCGUGUCUGUAUCGUAUUUCUUGGUGUUGCAUUGUAGUAAUUCUGGGGCAGCUGAAAUAUAACCAAGUGGCCUCUCCACGUGUUGAAAACACUGUUAUUUAUUCCACAUAAAGUACAUCACAUGUCAGAAACAUGAAAUGAUUUUCAUGGUGGUCAGCAAAAAUGCAUUUUGUUGUGGUAGCCAGCAAGAAUAAUGUUCCCCCUGCAGCUUGGAGGGUUUUCUGCAAAAGAGGCUCUUCUGUUUCUCAGGGGGGGCUGCUGUUCCUUUCCGGAGCGAAACCGAAAGAUAAUGAUGACAGAUUAUAGAUCACAGACCAAACUGAACCAAGUUUCAGUACCUCAAACGGCUGAAGAAGAAUCAUUGAAAAGAAAGAAUAAAUCAAAUUAACUUGAUUAUGUCUAGAAAAAUGAUUUUGGUUUUGGUGUGGAGAGUCCAAGAAACCUUGAAUUGAUCUCAGUAGCAGAGUCAGUGUUGUGUACAGACAUGUGAAUGGAUUUAUCAUGUAUGUGCUGAUGGGCACUCUGUACGACAUCAUCUGCAGUCAAAGUGUUUUGCAUGGUCAAAAGACUGCAAAAGUGCAAAGUAAGUACAGUCGAUAAAAUCAUAACUUUACUCUGACUUUUGGUCUUGCACAGACCCAGACCUUGACCACAGACCCAAACUGGACUUCUUGGCUCUUUGAACUGUGUUAUCAGUAUUUGUACAGUCUUUUAUUUUGCUGGUGCCAAAUAAUCUUUAUUGGGUUGAAAUUUCUGCAGACUGACACAAAAAAAGAGAAUUUUAUUGAGCCCCAUCUCCUCUAAUCCUAACCCCAAACUAAACUGAGCUAAACUGAACUGAACGAAAUGAAAUGAAACAAAACGGAAUGAAACCGAACUGAACCAAACUGAAACUAGAAUUUAUAAACCAUGCAAGCUCCUUUUUUCUGACCUGUCUUCUGAAAAAACUCUUGAAUUUGAAUUUUGUGCUGCUCUUUGUCACAGCUGUAGGAUCGGGACGAACUCCUGGAGAGUUUUACGCGAUCCAAAGUUUAUUGGUUUGUCUAGCUCGUCACGGUUUCUGUUACUGGCAGAACUUUGAGCUUUGGCAAAACAUCCUGACCUUUACAACUUCUGAAACAACCAAUUGCAAAAGCCUCCACGGUAAUGAGUCCAAUAAACUCUAAUAAAACACUGUACAGCAGCACAAGCACUAAAGUGAAGCCACCACAGGUGACGGAUUGGUUUCCAACUUUUUUAAUAUGUGCGCCGGCUGCAAAGUUGCUAAAAGAAUAAACAGCUGUGAUUUAACGUAAAAACAGCCACAGGUCCACACAGCACAUCGGAGAAUUAAAAUGUCCUCCAGAGCUAUAAAGUUUCCUCUGUGAAGGAUUUUUGAGGAAUUCUGCUGAUCCGCUCGCUCUGUUCUUCCUGGUUCUGCGGUUUUCCUCUCUGUAAUGAAAGUGAUGACUGCUGGGAGAUAGAGUUUGUGCGCUGAUCCCACAUCAGCACUUCCUAAUUGGAGAAACCUGGGAAAUAAUAAUAAUAGAGGCCUGGGAGGAGGUGAUCAGCUUAUAGGCGGCCCAUCCUUCACAUGCUGACCGUAUCUUUCUCCUUCUCCCCUCAGGUGAUUAGAGAAAUCCCCCGGACCCAGUCAGAAACCCUGAAUCAGCACACUCAUACACUGAGGUAAGAAAGCGUCUCUCUGUGUGUGUUCCAGCUCCUCUUUCUGCAUUUGUACAUUAUUUCAUGUGUGUUUUCGGUCUUUUGCUGCAUGUCUGCUUCGGUACAUCGUUUCCGUAGUUUUAAGAGCUUUAAUUCAAGAAAAACUUAAACUUAAAUGUCCCUUUUUAACAUUAACAUGAACAAAGUAACAGUCACUUUCCUUUGGAGAUCUUAGUUGGUCUCUUCACUUUGAUGCUUCAAGUAGAGGGAAAAAAAAAAAACAUUUCUUGGAGGUUCUUUUUUUUUUCCCACAUUUAUUCUCCUGGUGAGUUUUUAGAGAAGCAGGAUGUUGUAUCAGUGAAAGCCUGAGAGCAUCUCAAGGGAAACGUUUGCUUUAAAUGGUCGUGUUCUUUGUGUUUACAAGGGUGAAGAAAUAUUCGAACCCAGUGGUUCCCAAAUAUUUUCUGCAGAGCCCUUUGUCAGAAGUUAAAACAUCUCCAAGUCAUCUUCCCAGAUACACAGAUGGAGGAGGACUUUGGUGAAGGUCUUUAUUUGAUAGUAGGGUCUCUGAUCUGUACAGCAGUAGGAAAUCUCCAAUGGAGUCUAGACAAUGACAGUGAAAGCAGAAAGGACCAGGUGAAGAUAAAUGAAGACUGAGACCAGGUAGAAUCAAAGAGAGAAUAUGGUGCUAUACCUCCAUGCUACUAGAUAUAGAGACAGAGGAGCCCUACAUUAUGACUGCUAGAAAAGUGAGUCAGUCUGCAAGGGAAGGAAGUGGAGAGUUCAAGAAUGCAUUUGAUUCACUCUUCCUGACUGGACUUAAGCUUCAGCUAAAUAUAAAAAAUGUCCAAACACACUGUUACACAUAAUAAGCUUAACUAAAAAAGCAACAAGCCAGGUACUGCAACCUGCAACUUAGGGCUGGGCAAUUAAUGGAGUUUCAAUUUUGAUUAUGAUUAUGGCUCCCCACCAUAUUAGAGAUGAUAAUUGAGACUUAACAAUCACUGUGCCGCCUGCAGUGUUGCACCGAUUCUGUCCUGUAAGGUGAAUGAAGCGCUCUCCCUCCCUCUCCCUCUCUCUCUGCCUGCACAGCAGAGCAUGUAUCGCCCCUCUUCUCAAAUAUCUUUCACUUUCACUUUUUUUUGUGCAACAAAGUUUAGGAGCACAUUGAAGUUAAAUGAUUGAACUGUUGAACUGUCAUAUCCUGAGCAACCGUGUUUAUGUUUUUGACCAUAAUGCCAUGAUGAGACUCCGUAUUUUUAACAUGGGUGGCCCCCUGUUGGUGAAGACCCCUGGCGGCUCUUUUUUCCUGAUUCUCUUGUGUCAUUUUACACCUGGUGCACAGCAAAGAGAGUAAACGCAGGGACAAAGUCUCAACCCCAGUUUCCACCACAUCCAGAACUGCUGCGAAAAGGCUGUAUGUGCCGAUCGCAGCUGAUUGUUUCCAUUCAAGUCAAUGUGGCUUCUCUCCGUUCUGCUGCGGUUCAGCAGCCGAUCGCCAGAGUUCUUUUUUUCUGGAUGCCGCAGCGUGCCGCAUAAAGUCAGCACAGAUUAGUCCAUGCUAGAAAGGAAGUCAGGCACAGACACAAAAUAAAACAUCUGACUUCUUUUCAAAAUAAAACACUCUUUAUUUCACACCGUACAAACAGGCGGGGACAAACGAGUGAAAGGUUUUUAGACAUCAUUUCACCCUGAUGACACCAUGGAUGAGGAGAUGCUGAGUGGAUUUCCUCCUCUGGAAGGACAAAAUCUACUGCUUUUAUGGUUAUGUGGCUGUCUUUAUAGAGACAUUGUUAUUGUUAUUGUGCGAUUGCAUGUGAAUCCGCCGGUUCUUGUUAGUUCUCGCAAUUCCCGCCGUCUCACAAACGCAUCCGUGGUGGAUCCGUUUCGGAUGUGGUGGAUAUUGGGGGUCACUCUUCCUCCUUAUCUCAUCACAGUUUUGCCCAGACAUGUCUCGGAGUUAAUCUGGGUAAAUCUGCAAACUCUGUUCUUCUUGGUGAAAGUGCUUAAAAGUUUUUUGCCAACAGUGAUUAAUCCAGUAAAUGGGUUUUAGGUCACUGACCAUUAAAUUUGGAGGAUGGGUUUGGGUGUUUAAGCAGUUGUGAGGAACUGUAAGAGAAGUUUGGAGUUUUUCAUUUGCAGGAAAACAAACAAAAACAAGUUUGAGUACUCAUUCUGCUUAGAGAAGCAUGUCCUUAUUUUAUACAAUGUGCUUCAGUGCUGCUGGGUCCCCUACCUUUUCUUCUCAUCCUCUCUGGCUUUCUACAUCCAAAGAAUCUUCUGAAUAUGCAGAUUUAGAGAGCACUCAGCAGGCUGGUCCGCGGGAGCUUAAAUUUUACUGUUCCAUAAACUAAAGAUACCCAAAAUGCAUAAAAACUGGACAAGAGUGCAGUACUUUAGUAAAUGUAAUGAGGAACGGUCCCAUUUGAGGUAAUUGUCCUCCUCCUUUUACUGGUUCUGCAGAGUUUUAACUGAAGUGAAACAGAGCAGAAAAGCACAGGUGCCUCUCCUGAGCUCUGGUCUACACAGCAUCUGUUCAGGGGAACGAUGGGAGCCGCUUGCCUCUUUCGAUUGGCUUUGUUUUACUGGUGCGAGUAAAAACAAAGGCACAGAGCACUCAGCUGUAUUUGGGCUCGUAUUGUCAUGUUGCCAGAGCGUUUACACUGAUUUCACAGGUGUUUCCUCCGACAAGGAAGCAGAGAACGGCUUUAUAAAAUCAAACCGGUGCACGCCGAGAGAAAGAGGGAGGCUGUGUGGGAACAAUAGGAGACGCUGUGGUGAAACUGGACUUGUGGAACAUGUCCGGCUUACUUUGCUGCCAACGAACUGUAAAAUAAAAAGGUGACUUUAACAAGAAGACAAUGGUUCUGCUGGGAGCUGCUGUGCUGCAGCUUUUUGUGGUUGCUUAUCUUCGUUUCUGCCCGAAGGCCUGAGGCUGCGGGGAGCUGUUGGAUUAUUUUUAGCCUGUUGACAAAGACAGGGGUCAGAUUGGGGUCAGACGAGCCUAAGUUCAUCUGAGGAUUAGUUUCCAUCCAGAGAAGACUCAGCACGGACCGGGGAGUCUUUUUGUGAUCUCAUUUCCUCUAUGGCAACAGAGAGGCCAAUAAAGAUCCCAGGAGUCGCUGCUUUAUGAGUCAGAUGGUGACUUUGCCAAUAAUGUAAGACUGUGCGUCUUGCUUGAAGGCGAAAGCACAUUUAUAUGGUUUGUAACACAGCUGUAGUAUUUUCAGAUUUUCUUAUUUUAAGGAGCACUUUGUUGUUGUUUCCCUCUGAGACUUUCUGUCCUGUCACAUUAAAGAGGAGUUGUUUAUCCCGCUGAAAGAAAAUGCUAAUCACUAAACUUUCUUUGUGUUCUGGGUCGACGUGUGCUGUGAAGAGCUCAGAAGUGUCUUUUCCUCUUUUGGAGACGAAAAUGAAAAAAAAAAGAAAAAAUCCAAAAGAGCUCCUUCAACCUAAAAAUACUUUAACUGAGUUAGUCAAUGACAGUGAAUUUUGAAACUUCAGACACAGUUGAAAGGAGUGAACUAGCUUAGAGAGAAUUGAACCACAUCAUUUGCCCCAUUUAAAGUCUAGAUUACUAAAGCAUUAACACGUCCUGAGAGUUUCGUAGCUCUGUGCAGUUUGCUCUCGUUUUAAAUCUGAUGGUGGAGAUGAGCUGUCGGCAUCUCCAGUCUCUGCUGCGCUCUCAUCCUUACAAAGCUUAAAUCUAUCAAGCAGAUUCCAAAAAUCUUGAUUUUUGUACAAAAAUAAUUAAUUUUCAAUAAGUCCAUGCAGAUGGAAUCUGUCAUCAGAGUCUGACUUUUCUCCUUUGCUAAAUGAUCCCUGGGGUGAUCAGUUCUGAUCUCUGCCCAUUGAUUUGUAUUUGUCUGUUUUCCUGACAUCAGUCCAAGUGUUUUAUGUGGAGGCCUAACCUACACAGAGGCUACCAUCUGAAGUCUUGACUUUAUAUCCUACUGACCUCCCACACACCAUGGUUGCUGCGUUAAAACGAAGCCCAUGCAGCAACUAUGAGUCCCGAAAGCAGGUCACAUAUGUCCACUCACAGAAGAAAUUAUAUAUUUUUGUUAAAAAUACUUCAAAUCACCACAUCUACUCACAUCUACUCACAUCUUUGAUCAAGUCCAAGUUUGCCUAACUGUCUCCACACACCGGAGCGGAGCUGAAAAUGUCUCAACUUAAGCGGAUACUUACGUCACGAUAACCAAUCAGCAUGAAGGUUACCAGAUGAUGUAUAAAAAUGGACGGUUGUUCACUUGUAUCUAAAAUGGAGGACAAACUGAUCAUGUCGGCACUGUGGGUGCCCCGAAUUCUAUGAUACCUUUUCUUUCAGAUACUGAAACAGGAAUAAUAAGGAGCUCGCCUGGAGGCAAGUGAAUGAGGAGGUCAGAUUACCUGGUAAACUGUAAAAAACUUGGUCUAUCACUUGAUCCCGCUUGGUGACGCUCGUGUUAUGCACUUGCGGCCUCCACUAGGUGUCCAUUUGUCACUUGCUCGAUCAAGUUUAAAACAAAGUUCUGUAGGCAAAAGCUUCAUUUGGAAAUAACAAUCCUUUUUAUCCUCGACAAACUCAAGCACCACAAACCAAUAAAUCCAACACAAAUUCCAGCCGCCAGCCUGCGGUCGAAAAGCAAAAGGCUUCUUGUGCCCAACACCUGAAGUAAUUAGUGGGCACCUUAAAUGUGAUUUGGUGGGCUCCACAGCGCCACACAGGUAAAAUAAAGAAUGGCGCCACCACCGCUGGUUGAAUUGGCAGGGAUUACUGCUCCAGUUAUUGUUGACGCGCAAAUGAAGCGAGUAAAUACGACUCAUUCACGCGUCUAGAUUUGCGUGAAUCGCCCCAUUAGACUUGAAACAGCAAAUGUUGCUCACACACACACUCAUUGCUUCGUUUAGCCUCAAAGUUGAAGAGGCUUUUUGCCACAGUGGAUAGCAUCCAGCAGGAGCUCAGAGACGUCAGUCUGGGUGACUGGAUGGUGACCCCUUUUCUCUGUGAUCUAGAUUUGAGAACCGGCUGAUCAGAAUAUAUGAUGACGAUGCAAAGUUUCCAUGAGCCACCUGUGCUCGAUCAGAUGUAGAGGUUGUUUUGAGGGUAUAUUCCUGCAUCUGAGGUGAACUGCUGACUUGAAGCUACUGUACAGACACGGCGCUGUGUUCCUGUUUCUUUAGAAGAACUUCAGAAGAGAAAGAGAAGCACGCCCCCCUACACCUCCCCCCCCAGGGAUGUAAAUAUUGACAAGUCACUCUUAGAUUCCACGUUCCCCCUUGCACGUCUGUGUUUUUAUGUCUGUGCGUGAGAGCUCACAUGCCCCCGAGCACCUGCGUUAGUGUUUUUGUUUUUCUGAGCCUUAUUCUUCAAAGGAGCUGACUCGUUGUGAUUUCCAGAAAUAACUGGAUACCACGAAUAAUUUUGACGACACACAUGUUCAGGUAUCCUAAGCUUAAGGAUGGAAAGCUUUGCUAAAAAGCACCUUGAAAUUAUUCAGGGAGGGAUGGAUGAAUGUUACCUGAAAGAAUUUAUGUGUGUACACUACAGUACUCAAAAUCAGAGGAGAUCCUUCAAGGGGAAUAAUAAAAAAUAGAGGAGUCAUUGUGGGGAUUACAGUUAAAAAAACAGCACAGAUAUAUAAAAAAAAAACAAACGACACAGAGGGGGAGAGCAUGGCUUUUAAGAUGAGACACUGACUGACAGAUUGCAUGUGAGCCUGAGGUCCCUGAUUGCUAAAUGCUGCUUUAGAAAACACACACAGAAGUACCGGUUUUACCACGGGACAGGAGCUGCCAACAUCUUCUGCAUGAGUUGCAGGUUAAGACAUGAAAUUUUUAUCUGCUCACUUUAUGGAGUAAGCUGGUGUUUGGGGUGUUUUCGUGACAUCUUUUCAGCCUGGAAACCUCCAAAGAGAAGGAGCGAACACACUCACAAGAGCCGCUGGACAAAGUCAUUACAGACAGGACGUAAAAAGAACAAAAAUCCACUUUUCAGCUUCGACUAGAGUUUGAACAUUGAGGCUCAACGAACAAAUGUUUUACUUUUUAAUACUACCUGACUUUGUGUAACCAACUGCAGUUAAAAUGUAGACCAGUGGAGCUUUUCUUGGAGCAGCAGUGACAGUUCACUUUGGUUUGAGUUUAUACUUUUGAGUUGACUAAACAGGGUCAGGGGAAUAAAUGAAUUUUAACUGCGAGCAGGAAGAAGAGCAGGACGAGGCAGGUGUGUGCAUGCGUUAGUGUUUGUUGAAAUCAUAAUAAAAAUAAUAAUGACUUGUACAGCACUUAUAAAAAUGGGGAUUUAUAAAGGGCUUUAACAGUUCACAUCAUUAAAACAAAAAGACAAAACCCCCCAAAAAGAAAGGGAGAAACUCAAACAAGAGACCCCAGAAGACACAUGAAGGAGCUAAGAGCAAAUAUAUGAAGCCAAGAAAUGUAACAUAAAAACCAGAAUGAUCUUUAUUAUCCUGACAGAGUGAAAUAUGUGAGAGACGUGUGUACACAGAUAUUAACAAACUGCAAAUUUAAACAAAAAAAAAAACAAACACAUCCAUACAGUGAUAAAAAAUAAAUUAAAGUCUCCACGUUAGAGAGAGAAGGAUUAAAAACAGAGCGAUGAGUUGGAUCUGUAGUCUGUGUUACAGUGGAGCAGCAGGAGGAGCUUUUCAAAGAGUUCAUAAUUUUUUAGUUUUAAAGACUUUUUAACUUUAGUAAAUAUUGGAGGUGUCAACGUGAAAUAACAAGAUACUGUGUUGAAUAAUCUGGAUCUCAAUGUCAGUCCAAAUAACUGUGGUUUUGGUUUUUGCCCAAGGACGCCGACAGAGUACCCAUGAGCACCUGGCCAUCUGCGGAGGGUGUUUAAACCAGAAAGCAUCACCAUAGAGCUCAGUCUGUUCAAAGCCUGAUUUUCUUAUUUAGUAUUUGUUUCAACAAGUAGCUCUUUUAUCUCUUUUUUUUUAGGAAAUAACAAAUUCAGCAUGCAUGAUAAAGUUUCAAAACUAUUAUUCUCUGAAUAGAAGUUCACUGUGACAACCUGAAUAUUAUACAGACAUCUCUCGCUGACGGUUUCAGCCAGAGCAGAAAAAUAUUUAUUAAGCCUUGAGAAGAUGACGUGUGUCCAAGGAUGAUGUCCAAGGAUGAUGUCCAAGGAGACGCCAUGAAUGGUGUUUUGCUUCCAGAGAAUUUAAAGCAAGAGCAGCAAAAGCAGCGGGAGACGCCUGUUAAUCUAGUGGUUUAUGUCGGGGCCUCAUACAAAAAAAAAAACAGUCUUAAUACUCCAAUUUGGGUCCAGGAAAUCUUAGUUCAGGUCUACUUUCUUUUAUUUCACUUUUAUUUCUUCCCCAAAAGAGAGGGUUCUGUGUUUGACCCACAGUAAGAGAUCUUACAAACUUGGACAUGACCCAAAACCCACUUUAUUUCCAAAAAGACACAAAGGGCAUCGAUAUCCUUUUGUAGCAAAAGCUGUUGAGCAAAAAGAGUGAGAAUACAUGGUAAUAAUGGUUUAACCUACAACAGUUUAGAGAGCAGUGAGUAGAGCGCAGUCAAAGUUGAGCUUUAUGAAAUUUAAAUUUUGUCUGUAUAUUUUAUAAAAGGCUUCAACAUGAAUCUGCUUCACCACAGAUUCUGGAGGAGAAGAGCAGCAGGAUAGAGGAGGCGAGAGAUUCAGAAGAGUGCAAAGGGAAGAUUAGUUAAAAGUAUGCUGAGAGAUAGAGGGAUGAGGAGAGGAUGGAGGACUUAUGGCGAGGAGAAAAGAAGGAUUAAAAUGUGAAGAGGAGGAGAAGUAUAGAGGUGUGCAGGUGGAGGAGGUGGAGAGGGGCAUAUGACGGCCUGGCGGCUCUCCAAAGACUCCCGGCAGCCGUCCAGCUGCUUCUGAAGGCCACUUCCAAAAGCCUGUUAGCAGUGCCAACAAUCCACCCAGGAACGCAGAGAGCCGGAGAACAAGGGGGGAGAACAGGUGAGGGUGAAAGAUGGAGGGGGGGUGGGAGGUGCAAAAAGCAGUAUGGAGAAAGACAGACGCUCAACCAGGAUACAGUAGGAUGCAGAGGAACGUUGUUUCUGAGAAGAAGGUGAUGGAGGGAAACAAAGAGGAUAUGAACUCUGAUUCUGUGAAGUGUCACUGCGCUCACAUUCACAGAAAAACUCAGGAAGUGGAUCUGUCAGUGUGUCAGCUCAGAUAUGCUCCACCUGGGAAGAUGAGUUUUCUUACAAAAUUCCAAGAACUCCUCCUUUUCAAAUUUAAAUAAUACUGAUGAUAGAUUCAAUGUUAUAUAUUUAAUAAUAAACAGGAUUAAAUAUUUAAGUAAUCUCCACUUUCUAGAUUAUAUAGUUUCAACUAGUUGAGCAAAGAAUGAUUUGACUCGUCUUUCUACCCAUCGCUGAAUGUCAUCCCCCCCCUCCUUAUUUUACCCUUGUGUCUAUUAAAAAGAGGUCAAUAUAAAAACUUAAACAAGGAGAGAUCCAAACUUUGUAAAAACUUUCCUUUCAGGAUAUUUUCAAAGUGGCUGAGGAAAGUUCAGAGAAUGUCAGUGUCGCUGUCCGCGGUGCUGAAAAGGUUGAAGAAUUGAUUUUGGGUAACUCAGCAAACGUUUGCAAGCCUUUUGUACUCCCAAAACUACACAUUUAACACAAUUUAAUAGCAACAGUUUAAGCUACAUAGAUCAAUUUUGACAUAUCUUUACAUCGUACUUAUCAGCGAUGGCUCAAAUUUAAACAGGAGGGUAAAAACAUGAUGUAAAUACACCACAUGUCGUUGCAUUUGUGCAUGGAUCUUAAGUAUUACUAGAAGCAGGUUGAAAAUAUUUAAGCUUAACCCUUUUGUUUAGAUAUCUGUACUUGCAGGAUCUAAAACCAAGAAAAAAGCAAAUCAAUCUCUCGAAAGCUGUGUCUGCAGGCUUGCAAGGUCUUUCAGACAGGCUAUAAAUGUAUGAUGGAGAAUAAAGCAAGGUAGGUUUAUUUAUUCAUCAUCUCUCAGACUCAAGGCAAUUCAAAGUGCUUCACAGAGGCAUACAAGGUAUAAAAACAAGACAUUAACUUCAUUCAGCAAAAGUCCAUUUAAAGGACAAUUAUCAGCACAAAGAUAAACUCCAGACUAAUUUGACUGCAGUGAACAAUAAAACACCCGUUCGACUGAAAGGCACUUUGAGAAGCUGUCAUGUUGUGCCAGUCUGGAUUUACCGUCUACGGUGGGACAGAUGUGGCUCCUACCAAAGCAUGAACUUGUUGUUGAAGCAAAUGAAUGGACAACCUUAAGACAACUGUUUUUGGAGGACGCAGAGAGAUGAGACGAUACUUUGUUUCCAACUGAAGUUAAUAAUUUAGUGAACAAACUACAAAUCAGUUAGCUAAUAAAAGGGCACUAAUGGUUUAAUAUGAUCCAUCACAGCCUCUGUGUUAUGGUGUCAGCCUAGAAUGAGAAUUUUCCUUACAAUAACAGCUGGUGUACUUAAAACAGACCAAGAGACCAGAAGUCUGAAGUAGUGUUGGGCGCUAUGACGGUAUAUACCAUGUGACUGUAUAAAAGUGUAGAAACUUUGCUUUACCGUUGAUACCGGAGAGAGAGAGAGAAAGAGAGAGAGCAGAUGUCUGCUGCCUCUCUCGGAGUCAGUGUGUAGUUGUCUGUGCUCGCUAACAGGAAAGCCAGAGCGCAUCUGUUUGGAUGCGUUUCUGUAUAUUCACCAGCUUGUCGUGCAGUUUGUUCACUGCGUCUGAUUGGUCAGGUUUGAGUGCGCUCCCUAUAAUCACCAGCGUGUCCAGUAGACUGCUUGUUAUAGUUUUGAUGAAGAAGAAACAGCUUCACUGGUGGUGGUCAUGGUGGACGCGCAGAUUAGUAGCAGUACUGAGCAAACUGAGGCCGCCUGACCCAUCCAACAUGAGGAAGAGGAGCUUGUUUCAAAAAAGGUCGUGACAUCGAUUGUUUGGAGAUUCUUUGGAUUUAGAAAAUCACCAGCAACCUCUUUUACCACCUUAAGAUGAAACACGCCGAGAGCCAAAAAAUCAAACGAAAAUAAACAAAUGGGACAGUAUGGUUAUUUUUAAGCCAGUAAUUGAAUUUACAGGGGAAAAGAACAUACCGUGAUAUGAAACUACUCGUACUGUGAUAUAAGAUUUUGUUCAUACCGCCCAACACUAGUCUGAAGUGGAAAUCAGCGCAUAGGGUCAUAAUCCCUUCUGAGAAACAGAGCUGGUUGCUGAAUCCACAAAUUGAGGUUAGAAUUGAAAGAUUGAAGGAGGACACCAUGAUGCAUAAGUGCUGACAGCACAUCUGGAAAGACGACUUAAGGUUCAAUAAUUCUGUAUGUUUUGACUUGGAGCAACAUACAUGUCGACACUUCCAAAAACUAAAAUUCAGUAGUAACAAAAAGAAAAUACAUCUGAUUCCUAAUAAGCUCAUUUUAUAAUGUAUUACGUAUUGUAUUGAUUUUCAACGUCUUCACAUCUUCAAAACUGCGAACAAAAUCUUUCAUAUCUGGGAUUUGCUCCUUGAUUCAAUUUUAAAAGCACACAACCCUGACCUGAGAUGUUACAGACCGAGCAGUAAAUGUCUGAGGCUUGACUUGUUCUGACCCAAGGAGGUCUGGAUGCUGCACAGUUUUUUAAAACUGUUAAAAAUAUCCAACAAACACUCUCCGCCCAUUCGUGCUGUGGCGACAGGAGCGGCAGAGGGGUGAGAGAAAAGCCUGCUGGCAUUUUUGAGCCUUCCCUGUCACUUCCUGCUGAAUAAUGGUCGCAGGAAAUAUCCUCCCAUGUGGCCUUAUGAUAAUAGGCCCAUAUGUGCCGGCCACGCUGACGCUAAUUAAUUGCUACACAAAACUUGUGAGGUCGCUCUGCGGCGUACAGUGACCUCCAGACAUGAGUGCAAUGACACAGCUGACACAUGGGGGCUUUUACAGAGCGGGGAGCGGCGCUGGGGGAGGACCGGGAGAAGAGCAGGGGAGCAGAUUAGUUAACAAUUUGACCUUUCCCAGAAGGCUCCAGCUCUCCGCCUCAGUCCUUUUGUCACCAGAUUAGAGAAUUUAAAUGCAGUGGGAGGUCAGCGCAGGAUUUACUGCACAGCUCUGUCAACCAGGAUGUUUCACUAUCUGUGUCUGGAACAUCUGUAAAAGCCUGGCAGGAGAGGGAGGGAAGACAAGAAGAGGAUGAAAUACCAGAGUGAGGAGAUGAGAGGGGCGGAGCGAAGGACAAAGGAAGCAAGAAAAGACAAAAGAGGAGGUGUAGAGAUGAAGAGGUUUGAAAAGGACAAAAAUAGGCAAGCAAACCGGUGAGAGGACAGGAGUGAAAACAACAGGGGAGAUCAAGGGAGGAGGGUGAAACAGGGACAAAAAGGAAGGUUGAGAGAGAGGGAAAGGCGGGAAAAGGGAGAGUUUUGAAAUAAGGAAGUAAAUCAACUUUAAAAUGUCUCUUUCUGGUCCCUGAUCUGUUCAACCACCACCCCUCACCGGUCUGACCACAGAUCCAGGAUUUAACGGAAAAUCAUCCCCCUCUGUGUUAAAGUGGUACAAGCAUGAGAAAGAUGCAUGUCUGUCUGUACUGUAUGUAGUCCCUCCCAUGCAUGCUCAGGGUGCAUAAGCAAAGGGAGGCCAGGGUGUUAGCUUCAAUUAGCAGAUUAGCUAAAAACAGGACAACAUCUUACUUUACUAGAGGCCCUCUCAGAAACGCACAAAGUUCACAUCACUACUCUCGACAAAGACUGCUCCAUAUAACACUGUUCUAGGUCAGAGUCCUAUUAAAAAAAAAAAAAACACAAUUUAAAUUACAGAAAUUUUUGAGAAAUAGAACCAAUAAUGUAAAAGGUUAAAACAGACACAAUAUGAGAAGACAAUAAAAGAACAGUUCAUGGGUUAAAAGCCAGUUUAAAAAUGUGUAUUUUUAGGAGUGAUUUGAAAGUAUCGGGGUUUGUACGGUCUCGGAUGGGUUUGGGGAAUGAAUUCCAGAGGGCGGGGGCGGCAGCAUAGAAGUUCGGUGCUUGGUUCGAGAGGGUAGGGCAAAGAGGUGAGGUGGUGGAGCAGGUCUGUGAGGUCGGUGGGGGCCAGGUUUUUAAGUGAUUUGUGGGGGAGCAGAAGGAUUUUGAAUGAUAUGUGGUGUGAGAUGAAGAGCCAGUGCAGUUUUUGGAGGACAGGGGUGAUGUGUUCUCGGGAGUUGGUGUGGGUGAGCAGGCGGGUUGCAGAGUUCUGACAGUAUUGGAGUUUAUUGAGGACCUUGAAUGAUGAGCCGACAAAUUCACUCAACAAAUUACAGACAAUGGGAUUUGAAAAAACAACAACAAACCACUCAUAUCCCCUGGGAUUAUUAUAAGUUAGCAGAGGUCAGCAGGUCAUAGGUCAGCUGACAGGGUCAAGAGUUUCAUUUCGGAAGUCAAGUUAAGAAUCUACUAAAUGUAAAUGACAUGAAUUGAACACACCAGCAUAAGAGGGAUAAUGUGACCUGGAAAAAAAGAGAGGGUGGUAACUGAAUAUUUUCUGACACCGAGAAAACAUCAAAGUGAUCUUUUUGACGAGCUCAUUAAAAACGACGCCUCAGUCUCUAAUUGGUCAUCAGCCACAGUUUGAAGCCGAGCGUCAGAUGUGUUAACGUGUUGUGAAGUUAAAGUGAGGAAAAAAAACAGCGAGGUGCCCCGUCAGGGAAGUUGAGCUGUGAUGCAGCGGGGUGCCAAAUCGUUGGCAUGACAACAUGAUUGGUUUUGAUGGUGUCUUGAUCCCUACGGACAGAACAAAGAGGAGAGGUGUCAGAGACUUUGAUGAAGACCAGAACUGAAGCUGUUAAAAAAAUUUAAAACAGAGAGAGAGGAAAAGCUCGGACCCUGAGGAACUUCAUCAAAUAUGAAUUAUUUUAUGUUCAGCCUGGAGGAUGUGGUUGAAGAACUACUAGAGUUUAAUUAAAACUCAUUUAUUCAAUUACACAGUUAUUUCGUGAUUAGAGAGCCUGUUUUAACAAAGAUCAGUUUGUGUAUUAGAGAGAAUAAUCAAACCCAAAAACUUUCUCUGUGUCUCCUACUUCAUCAAAUCAGAAAAAAUAACUAUUCUCUUAAAAUCCUCUUUUAUUGGAUAGUUUCCGUGAAAUCUGAAAUUACAGACUUGUUUUAACAGCACUUUAAGCCCCAUUCUUUCUUUUUAACCCCCUUGUUUAUCAUAAAAAUGUUCCUGAAUGAAAUUUACAAUGAUUAUUAUCAUGUAAGAGUUAUCAAACGGAUUUAUCUGGUGAGGAGGCUGAAUAAAAACACGGUAUUUAGAUUCACAUGUUUGAGUGGACUUCCAUCGAGCACAAGUUUUUCCCUUUUCUUCGACAUGAUCUGUUUUUGGAUGAACUUUCCCAACACGUAGACCUGCUUGGAGUUCCAGAUAAGGUCGGAAAAAGCUAUGCAUGGACCUGUUUUUAGUAGCUGUGAUUGAAGGUUUCACCAUUACUACACUAGGGGCCUUAUCUACUAAGAUCCCAAAUUAGCGAACGCUAAAUUGCCUUGCAGGUAAUCUACUAUCAUUGCAUGAGCAAUUGAUAACAGGUGCAAAAGUGGUGCGGACCGCCUUCUUUACAGAUGCAAGAAAAUAUAUACAAAAUCAAAAUUUUGUCUGUUCCAUGUUUGACCUUAUUAUUCAUAAAAAUCGUCAUUUACCAGAAAUACGAAAAUAAAUCACAAGCGUCUGGACAAGGAUUCUGACGUCUAUCAUGGCACUUCUGCCUCCCUCUCUCCACAAUACGUAAUGCUGUGUCAGUUUGCACAUGCCUUUCAAAUGUGCUCUGAGAUAUAGACGCAAAACAGCGACUGCAGUUGGUUUCGGGGUUUAAUAGAUCACACUGCAGGUGCUAAAUGAUUCCAUUUGCAUCUGCUCCUCCCAGAAUUUUGCGUGUUCUGAUGAUCUACAUACAUUCUGCAUAUUCAUGAAGGCAAACACGCUAAAUCGAUUUCACGUGCUGUUUUGCUCAUUUGACAGACGCAAUCCUCGGUGCACCCGGUUAGUAGAUCAGGUUUGUGAGCGCUAUCAAGUUUGCACGCUAACCUUUAGUAGAUCAGGCCCUAGGUCAAUCAAUCAAUCAAUCAAUCAAUCAAUCAAUCAAUCAAUCAAUCAAUCAAUCAAAUUUUAUGUAUAUAGUGCCAAUUCACAACAGUCGUCAUCCCAAGAUGCUUUCCAAAGAAAAGACAGGCAGAAACCUUGGGUAGGACCAGACUCAUGCCAGACAGCCACCAAGCCGCUGCUGGGUUUAGGGCACCUCGGGCCUGAUCGACUAACCUUUAGCAGAUCAGGCCCUAGGUGCGUUUCUAUCAUGGAAACCACUGGCUAUUAUCCACCAACCUCUGUGAGCUACGUCUAACGCAAUGACACCAGCAUUAAAAUAUCAUGACCUGCCUGUUCUGCCUUUGUCUGACUAGGAACUUGAGGAGGGGGCUGGUUUUGUGAAACUAAACCUAUGACAAGAUUAUGAGCUGCACUUGCAUGCAAGUUUCUGUUUGUGGAGAUUUAAUCGUAGUAUUUUUUUGAUUUUUAGAAAGACUUUUUUUUUUUCCUGUGAUUGGCCAACUACAUAUAUUUAUAGCACUGCUUUUGUAUAAAGUCAAAGUUUUGUUUCAAAGUUUUUGUCUUCCUGAACUCAAUCAUUAAAAAUCAUGUAUUCAUUCAAAUUCUCUGUCACCUCAAACAACCAUAUCCUCAAAAAAAGAAAUACUGAUUAUGAAAGAAACCUGACGAACAAAAAUGCAAGAGAAUGACAGAUUCAUGGAGAAAAAACAAGAGAAAUAGUUCAAGUCCUUCAUUAGGCAGUAGUUCAAUACAAAAGCAGCACGCAGAAUCACAUAUAUUAACUCCUGACCACGUGAGAGACAACUCAUUAUUGAGGCUGCCACAAGAGUCUUAAUUAACAGCUGCCGGGAGGGUCGGACUCUUUCAGCUGCAGCUUUAAACGAUGUUACUCCAAGCUCCUCCAGGAUGUCAAGGGUAAUGUAAGGUGACUCGUGAUGCGUGAGUGUUUUGAAUUUCAUGAUAUAAUAAGAUGUAUAGACAAAGGAAACUCUGAGCUUCUGUUUGAUGAUCCACUUGACAAGUCAUGCAAAUACUGUAAGUCUGGGAGUUUGAAACUCGACAUGUCAGAAGAGUUUUACCUCAGCAGGCUGCUCCAUGUCAGGAAAACCAGACAGAUGUCACAUGGCAGGCAACUGUUUCUUUUCUUCUGAGAGGAAAACAAAGAAAGACUUAACACGAUCAUAGAUUGCCUCGGAAAGCUUUCGGAGGCAGCACCGACGGGACGACAAAACUGUUGAGUGCAGCGGGGAGCUGUUUGUCUGUGGGGCUGUUAGACUCAACAGCCACCCUGCUGCUGAGGGAGGAGGCCUCUUAACUCAUGCUGAACAAACUCAGGCCUUUGAAAUGCUUUCACACAAAUACUGACAAGUCAGUUUCUAGCUCAACAGAACCCAUCCCAGAGAGCACCGCAGUAUGUUAUCACUGAAAUCUGGUUGAAAACAGGUCUGAAUGGUGCAGUGAAGAAGACUAUUGGCAAAUGGAUGAGAGAGAUGGAUGCUGGGAGUUGGUAUAAAACCUGGAAUAUGAGCAGCAUUGGUAUGUUGGAGAGGCUUCCAGCUGAUAGAAAGUUUAACCUACGUUCCUGUGAGAUACGAUUCAGCAAUGUGCAGUUUCAGUGCAAAUGUGUAGCUCUAUUUUAUACUUUCUAUUUCCGCCAUAUAGUCAGCCGUGAGUAUGCUAGUUGAGCUCAGCCUAUGAUAACUUUAAUACUGGGGAGGUAUGGAUGGAGUCCUCUCCAGCGGUGACUUAAUGUCUUGAUUCACCUCACAGUUAAUUUACUUCAUGGUCUUCCACAUGGUUAAGAUGAGGAAGAGUCUUGUGCUGGAUGUGGUGUAAACGAAAACAUUAGAUUUACAACAUUUAAUUGAGAAAUAUUUACAUCUGAACCAUCUUUUAAGGACUUGUCAACUGUGGCCAUAUCUGAUUUAUACAACAUUAAAAGACUUAAUAUGAAGCUUUAGUUUAAAAGAUGCCCUAUUGUGGCAUUUUUCAUGAAGUUUAAAUCGGUCCCAGGGGUCCCACAAGCGCUAAUUUAAAGUUUGUUGUCUAAAACACCAGUUUACUUGUGGCUAUCAGCCAGCCUGUACCCCCUAUUUUUUUUAGCUCUACUCAGAUUGGGCUGAUUCUGCACCUGUACCUUUAAAUGAUAAUGAGCUGUGUGUAAACAUCUUCCCCAAAGCAUAUUAUUGGUAGAAAACCACCCACAGUGGAUUUUUCAUAAUAGGGGACCUUUAAAACGUAACAUCAUGAAUGUGCCAUUCAGUAUUGAUGUAUUUAUUUGAACCAUUAUUCAAACGUGAUAAUUAUCCCUUAUACGCAGUACAAUGUUUCAUUGUUAUUGAGCUAACUUGUAGAAAUCUUAUACCUGCCUAACAAUGAAUUAUAGUCAUCAGGGCAAGAAAACAAAACAAAAAAAUAUUGGUAUCAAAUCCAAUUGAACAUAAUUAAAAACAGCAGACACUGAUUGUCUCUUGGCUGCAUGUCUGACUUCACUCACUACUCCCCUCAUUUCAUGUCCUUCUUAAGCUUUAAUUUGCUCUUGUCUGACAUUAGUUUCCAAUGAUUUUCAGUUUUCAAAGAUGAAAUAAAACUAUGCUUUCUACUGUGACCAAGCACUUAUUUGGGCCAGGUUCAUCCACACAAACACUAACAUGCUGUGUGCUUUUAGUAAACCUAAUGGCAGCAGAAUGAAUGAGUUUAAUAAAAUUAGUGUAAUGGUUGUUAUUUCAGUCAAACAAAGAGCCCGAGCUUCUUUGAGCUGAAUCAAUAAAUGCAAAAACAAGUUCACCAUCUGUUUUUAGUUCACUCUGGUUAAUUUGGCUAAAAUUAGUCCAAAUUUAUCUCAGGAUACCCCGCUUAUUUUCAGCUCAACAAAUAGAGUUUUAAUUGAAGUGCAUUAACACAAUAAAAGUUGCACAGCUGGGAAUGAUUACGAGGAUCCUUGCAGGUAGAUUAUACACAAAUGACCAGUGCAUGACUUCACAGAGCAACAGGAAAGUGGUGUUUUGGGUGGAAACUGUUUCUGGUUUCUUUGUUUUUUUAUCCGAUCCUACAUGCUGCGCUCUUUGGCAGCCAUCACUCUAAACUUGGAUAAUGAGCUUUCCAAAGGGACAUGAAUGCAUCACUCACUACGCCAUGAUGACUUAUGACUUGAACUGGGCUCCUGGGGACGGAUGUGAAUGUGGCGUAAGCCGACGUCUGAAAAGACAAAGAGUGUUAUUGUUGGAUCUCUGUUUUGAAUGUGUCUGUGUUUCAGUGAGAGGAGUGGAAGUAUGUUAGUAUCUGAAUUGGUGGCGCAAGUUCAAUCGAUGUUUCUGCAGUUCCUUUUGGUCACUGAGUCGAUUAAAGGCAUGAAUUAUUGACAUGUGGCUCCACAUUCUGCAAAAACCAACACUGUUUCACUUUCACUUUGCCCAAACCAGAUCCAAAUCCUUGGAUAAGAUCAGCCACAUACCUGUGAUUAAAGAGCUGAUGGAUAGACUUCUGGUGAAACUGUAUCUUUUAAAAGAGAUCUCGAUUUCAGUGGGUUUUAUCUGGUUAAAUAACUGUUAUAUUAUAAAAUAGUAAACUAAUUGCCUCUGGCAGGCUGAAGUGGCUCUUCAUCUUCUUUUUCUUCCUCUCCUCUCCUCUUACCUCUCCUUUUCCCCUCCUUCCUCUGACAUGCUUGACGGUGCACGUUCACUUAAAGAAAAACAAUCUUUGUUGCCUUCAGGGCCGCUUGCCAACACUCUAAACAUCUAUCACCAUCAAAACUGAAGCUAUUAUCUUCUAUUAUUAUUAUGCUGUUAUUAAUUUCUGUUUGUUUACACCAGAUGACCGUCUUUAAAAGCAUUCACAGCUUCUGUCUGGAUUAUUAUUUUCUAUCCUUUAUUUAUUCCAGUACGAAGAGACUUGCAGAGGCCUCAGACUUUCUCUAUGUAGUGGAACAUCACAGGAGAUCAAAGAUCUGCUGGUGUUUUUGUCACAGGCGUACUUAUGUGAUGAAACACUAAGAAGCUCACAGUGUUUUGAAAAUUGGAAAGCUCUGACAACAAGAGCUUAAAAUAAUCUGUUUCUUAUUCCAAUGAUCCAUCAUCCAAGUUUGUGAUUUACUGUACGGUUUGUUUUCUGGGUUUAAUGUGUAACAACACGGGCUUAAAUCCACUCUACUUGUGAGGAUAAAACCCUGAGUGUUGCUUUAUUCUCAAUUUAGCAGCAUUGCAGUGUCUCAUAUAUUUUUCGUACAUAUUUGGCUUUAUGUAACAUCCUCUUUGAAGUAUAUUCGUAAGGUUCUUACCUUGUUUUCAGACUCAGGAAGCAGCUAUUUUUAACAUGGCUAAAAAGUAAUGAAUGAAAUACCCCUCUGCUAAGCAUGAAACAUUAAAAAGAUAAAGUGAAGCAAGGAGUUGGUCGAGACUGAGCAAGUGUGAAAAAUAAUAUAGUGUACUUUUUUGUCGAGUGAAUAGAAAUGGUAGUGGUCCUUAAAACUGCCAACAGUAAACCUCCUCAUCCUUUAGGGUCACAUUUACUUCUUUCAUACUGACAAACUUUGUACAAGAAUAUAAACAAAGAAGAUAUAAAAGCAGAAAACUCUUAACACCUGUAAUCAACCAAAUAGAUUCUCGGUCGACUAAAACCCUAACAUUGUUGUCCAAAAAUCGACUGACCGCUACAAUCUCAAUUUUCCUGUCUCCAGCUGGUCACCAGUGGGUUGGGCCAAUCCAAAAUGGUGAAAAUAAAGGGGGUGUUCUGCGACAGGCUGUUAUCUGUGAAACACCCCCAUUAGCACUUGGUACACUCCUCCUAAUGAAAUUAAUCAGACUUUUAUUUGAUGUGGAAGAAAAUCGAGUUGACUUAUCAGAAUUUUGGUCGACUCAGCACGUGUCGACCAGGACUUUACAGCCCUACACCUUACACAGAAAAAGUGGAAGAGGUAUCCCAAAACAACCCAAAGUUUAAGUUAAAAAUUAAGACGCAAAAAGUGACAUUAUAAUAAACUGCAAAGAAGCCAAAUGUAUUGUCCAGAGGAAUGAUCAAUAAGUAAUUGAUAAUGAUUAGCUUAAAGCCACGAAAAACCCAACUACCAACUCAAGGAACAAGUUAAAACAAAAUAUGAAGAGGUAUUUUUAUUCAAUCUUAAAUAACCUAUUACCAUUGCAGCAGUUUAUUCUUUAAAAUCCACUUACAUCUCUGAUUUAUUUGAUUUGAGAUCGGGUUCAGGUUGUUACUGGCAACACUUGGCCGGCAGGGGGAAAAAAAAAAAAAAACAUUUUAAAACUGAGGCACUUAUCUUGUAGGGGUGGCCAGGUGUGGUGCCAUUGGGACCUUACCGCAAAUCCUGAAAGGUUAGCUUAUCAGUCACAUCUACAUCCACUUUAGCAAACUGUUGAUCAUUGCUCGGGAUUUCAGGGUGGCCACUGGAAGUAAUGACCCAUCAAAACAGCCAGCUGAUACUUUCUGGGGUUUCUGGGAUGACAAUGGCAUCAAGGGGUUGGUAUAAGGUGAGGUUGUCAGGCCUCAAAACAGCUUGGUUAGUUUGGAUGAAAAGUUGACCUAGACAGGUGAAGGCUGUCAUUGAUUUGACCAAAGGAUUUCAGUUUGCUCCUUAUUCUCACAACAUUUCCUUCUUUUGCUCAGGUGACCUGUUGAGAAUCACCAUCGGUGUGGACUUUUCCCAUAAGGUUGUCAAGUUUGUCUUGUUGUUGCCAGGUUUUGUGGGUUCAGUGUGAAAUGUUGACAACUCCCUCCUGGAAGAGUGGAGGACUAUUUCUCUUGUCUAUUCAUUUAUUCAUCUAUUGAAUUUUAUGUCCAACAUCACUUGUUAGAAUAUUUCUUCUAAUUUAUUUCUCUGCUUUAACCUUUUUAAGAUACCAAAUAUUUGGCUAAUACGAUUCAAAAAAACAUUAUAUAUCCCAGGGAAUUUCCACCGGCCCAGUGGUGAUUUUCUGAUGUGUUCAUUAAAUUGCCCGUUGCUAUUACUCACACUCUCAGGAGCUGUGUAUUAGCACCGUCCUCCAGACUUGCCUUUGGCAGUUGUAGUCGAAGGGAAGGGGGAAGCUACAGCUGAAUUAUUGAACAAAUCAAGGUCCCAGGCUAUGUAUUUAUAUGAUAUUGGUAAUGAGGCCGCAGGAGAUCCUGCCGCCAGUUGUGGAGAGAAAUAAGAUCUUUAUAAGCUCUGCAGUGGGCCUGUUAGAGCCAUACUGAGCUCAACCUGUGCACAGAUGAUGACUUUACUGACUGCAUGAUUCUCCACUUCCUUUCUUCCCUCAGGACCUGCUGUUUGAUCAUUACUUUUAUUGUCUGUAAUAUCUCCACAAGCUCAACUCGAGUAUCCCCCUUUGUCUCCUGGUCUGAAAGGACCAUUUCUUUUAAUGUAACACGCACAGUGUACAGUUGUCAAAGGGAAAGUAAAGCAGAGCUGAGGAAACGGGGAGUGCUGGGAUCCUUCGGCUUGCAUAGCGGUCUGUGUCAUUGGUAUUAGGGAUGGGAACUGAGAACCAGUUCUUGUUGAGAACCAGUUCCAAAUGGUUCAAUCCAUCGACAUCAUUUACAUUUUAUCUUGAUGAUUCCCUGAACGAUUCCUUUCUUCAGGCGGUCUCUCGAGUGCCAGUCUACGCGAACGGGAACAGAGACAGAGAAAAAAAUGGUGGACCGUCCGAAAAGUAGACAGAAACGAGCUAAAGCGUGGAUUAACAUUACGAAAGAUGACAACAGUGCAAAGUUUGUGAUAACAAGCAAAGGUGGAAACACCAGCAACAUGCUUAAACAUUUGAACGGCAUCAAAUAUAAGGAGUCACAUGGAUCCGAUGCUCUCCGCCGGUCGUCAGCCGUUGCAGUUCCGUCUCAGCACGGCAUGGAAGGUACGUAUGUUAGGGUGACCAUACCUCCUCUUUCACCCAGACAUGUCCUCUUUUGGGGGGCUGUCUGGGGGGAGUUAAUAAAAUCCUUUAAAUGUCCGGAACAUGUAUUCAUACAUUAUAAAAGAGUGCAGAGCAUCAGUGCUCUCUGCAGCUCUGCCCGCUCUGCUUACUUCUAAACAAAGCCACUGACGUGACGCACGCAUGCACUGUCUUUAGAAAUUCAGAAUAUGCAUUUAACUAAGUUAGAACCCUCAAAAUUUUGCACACAAGUCCGCCCCGCGUAGUAGUGUCCUCUUUUUGGGGAUUCAGAAUAUGGUCACUCUAAUGUAUGGCAUGUGUUAACAUGAGCACAAUGCAUGCCAUAAAUGCCAUAAAUUAUUUUUAGACUCUCACUGAAGGUGGCAUACCUCUUUUUUCUUUUAGCAGAGACUCAAUAAAAUUUGAGUUGAUGGUGAAAACCUACCACCUACUUUCUUUUUUUUAUAUAUCAAUAAAAGGCAUUGAUAAGGGAAUUGUUAAAGAAUCGAAUCAAUAAGCAGAAUCGAUAAUGACAGCAAUAUCGAUAAAAUCUUAUCAAUUCCCAUCCCUAAUUGGUAUUGAAGGUGUGUUGCUGGAAUGUAAAUGCCAUUGGUUGAACUGGCAGAAUGAAAAGCUUAAACAAUAAAGUUAGAGAGCUGUAUCCAGAAAUUAUAAGAAAUAAACAUCAUAUUUUCAAGUGUUGAUCUGCUGAACAAUUAUAUUCAAACAAAUCGGGAGUAGAAAAGCAACUGUACCGUGUGAUGAUGGAAAUGGACGUAUCCAGAGGACUGAGUGUCCACAUACUCCAGCCAUACUAUCCUCAAAACCUGCAGUCAAAGACAUGUUUCCCACAAAAAAAUGACAUUUUCCAAAGCAUUGUCCACACAGACCUGCAAUAUGAGGCCAGAGUUCAGUCCAUCAUGUAGCUGCACGUUCAAAGGAUCUUCUGGGAACAAUAUGGAGCUUCGGGCAGGUACUGAGUUAUUAUCUGUACCACACAGAGCCCUCUGAAACAAAUAAAACCAACAUUGGAAAGAAAACAACAACAAAAAUAUUGGGUUAAACAGGAAGGACAUCAAUCAAUUCAAACGUGAGAGUAUGCAUUCCCCGUACCUCUGACCAUGUACGUGCCAAGGUCUGUCAUCGUCUUUUAUUGUCCUGGAUGUAAUUGUCUGGGGUUUCACACUCGUACGGCUCAAACAACUAUCACCUGUCUUCCCAGUCUCUAAGGUCCACAUUUCUGUCCUCCACUCCUCUCUCUGUGAUCUAUAAACACUCCCUCUAGCCGUGGAUCACAAACUCAAACACAGCUGCAGAGUAAAACCAGUGAAACAAGUCACUGCGUUAAAGCUCCUCCUCAUCCGUCACCCAGAGACAUAACCACCAAGUUAAAUAGAGUGAGCAUGAUUACAGGUACAACCCUAUUUUUAUGUGACACACACACACACACACACUCCUCAGUCUUUAAAGUCUUACCUGGUCAUCCACACCAGACAUCUUUCAUUUUUUACUUGGUUUCAUCUCUUACAUAAUCUGCAGAGUGGCAGAGGCUCACUUAUCAGACCUCCUCUCUUUGUAAACCUCCCUCCCUCCCUCUGUCCCUGUUACAUUAUUAAAACUGUGGUUAAAAUGUUAAAUAACAAAGUCAGACUCCUGACUCGGAGACAACUGCAGUGUGUAAAGUCUAUCUCAGAGUAUUAAAGGGUUUGCUCACGCUAAACUGUGGCAGAGAGGAGUUGUUUCAGUGAUGACAUCCUGGAUUAGAGUUAGUCAACACAGAGCAGACAGACUCAGGAAUGGGAAGAGCACUUGUAGAAGGUCUGCUUGAAAAGGUAGAAUCUGUGUCAGAGUCUUUUCCCCGUCGUUAGAGGUUUAAGGUUAACCCACAAACUGCUCUUUGGUUUUGCUUCAGGUAAAUAAAGUAGUGUGGCCGUUUAAAAUCCUCUUUCCCUUCAGGUCAGGGCCAAAACAGUCCUCACCUGAGGGUGCAUGGGCUCUACUCGACCUCCUAAAGUGUGUUGUGUUGUCUUGAGUCACUGGUAGCCAAUCCUCAGGUUCUGGAAGUUAGGAGGUGGGCCUCCAUGGUUGUCCAACACAUCCCACAGAUGCUUGAUUAGAUUAACAGCCUGAUUAAAUACGCAAGCAUGAUAAUCAAUGUUCGUGAUUCCAAACAUACCGUCCACCGUCCGGCUCCGCUGCAGAUCCUCUCCGGUGGUCGGAUCAGAUACGCAAGGCUUCUAUUUUUGCAUUCAAUAUCUCACGGUGAAACAAGCGAGAUCUUGUCCAGUCUUGUGAUAAAUAUUGGUAAUAUUGCAAGCGCUUCUCCUCUGCUUGCCGCAGCGGAUUGGAUCCAGUGAAUUCUUGCAUUUUUCAUCCGCCUGCCAUUGCGGAUCGGAGCGUAGCAGAUCUGCAUGCGGUGGAAUUCUGGCACCCUCUAGUCCUGAUGCUCAAGUGUCCGUCGUAGGGGUUUACAGAAGUGGACAAGACUCAGCAUUUGCACUCUGACUGGUCCGUGAUACACUACAGCAUGAACUUUUCCAACAAUUUGAGCAUCUCUGUCAGUCCGGCCCUCACGUAUCAAAGAGCCUUUGCUGCUAGUCUCCUUCUCUGGACCACUUUUAUAAGUCACUCUGAUGCAGACUAGUAACUCGCCCUGAUUUCAGUUGGUAGGCACUGUGUUUUCUUCUGGGUCGCUGUGUCUCAUGUCAGCUGGAGAACUUUAUGGGUGCAUUAGUUUUCAUCGAGUUUUUAUCUUUGCAUCUUGCAUACUGAACAGAUUUUGACUUUCCCCCUUUUCACACGUCUUUACGCUAUUUAAGGUAAUGACUUCCAAAUGUCAUGGCUUUGCGUGGCACGGCGAUGACAAAGGUGUCAUUCACACUCCGUCUACAAAUGAACAGUCAGACUCACAAACACACCUAACAGCUCAGCUUGCCAGCACUGAUACGUUGCUCUGUCUGCAUCUGCCAAACGGUGCGACGCAGGGAUGUGUCUGACAUUCAAUAGCAACAAUCCCAACGCCACUAACCAAACAGCAGAUACAAGGUUUACACACACUCAGACAAACACACAGAGCGCUCAGCUUAUCAGCAGCCAGCAGCACAGGUCUGUGCUCUCGCUGUGUUAAGUUCAUUUCAAUAGGCGGCAAAUUUUAUGGCACUUCAGUUCACUCCUAUCUGAGACGGUUCGGUUUGAUUCAUUCGGACUUAGCUCGGUGCAACUGAAUGCUUUCAAUAACAUUUUCGGCUUACAGCCAAUGAGUCAAGAAGGGCAUAUUUUCUGAUAGUAUCCACAGCACAGCACUGUGUGUUCGAUAAAAGCACCCUGAACACAAGAGGAGUGGUGCUCUCAUCUGAGGUGUGCUCUUUUUGCAUAAUCUCUGGACGUCGGGUUGAUACAAAAUGCAUUUUAACAAUAAGUGUAAAAGAGGUCUGACACGUAUAUAAAGUAGUCCUCAAAAUAUUCUUCACAUUUGCAUGUAAAUGAAUGUCCUUUUGUGACCUUCUGGAAAUAAAAUGCAAAAGUGAUUCAGCCCAACAGCCUCUAAUAAUAGCUUUAAAUCAUGUGGGGCAUUUAGCUUUUAUUUAGUGGCUGCUAGAAAGAAGAGACAGUGUUACUGACAUCUACACUAUAGUGCAUUUGUUCUCUCUGCAUGUGUGGUCAUAAUACCACAUUCAUGCCACCCUGUCUUCCAGUUCAGCCCUAAUUGGAGGAAUCUGCACCUGACAAUUUGCAUCUAAUAUAAGCAUUCAGUACUAAUGCAGGAGGCAGUUUGCCCUUUAGUGUGAAGAGGCGGAAAGAGGAGAUCUGAUGAUCAACAUCCGGCACACUUGACUUUGCUGAAGGAGACUGGAGGAUUUCAAGAAACUGUAUUGAUCUCUUGCAAGAGGAUGAGGACAUUACCUUCUAUCAAAUUAUUAGGGAAAAAAAGUGACUCUUCACCAACAUCACACAAGGGUAUACCAAGCAACAGAAUAUGGAACUGUUGGAAACUGCAGUUGUUGGAGUGUCCUCUUGAGACUGCAUCCAAGAGCCGAGGAAGCAACGUAGGCCAAGUUUACACCAAGCAGUUCAACUCAGUUCAGUCUGGCGUGGUACACAAUAGUGGGUGUUUCCAAAGUGAAGAUACUUUAACAGGACAACAGAAAAUAUGUCAAAAUCUUCCAUUUUAAUGUCAGCAUAACACCAGGAUUCCACGGCAUGCAGAUCCGCUACGCUCUGAUCCGGAACACAAGGUGGAUCAAACAUGCAAGUAACAGUGCCCACCGGAUCCAAUCCGCUGCUGCAAGCGGAGGAGUAGCACUUGCAAUAUUAUCAAUAUUUCUCUUGAGACUGGAUAAGAUCUCGUGAGAUCUCAUGUGUUUCACCACAAGACAUUGAAUGAGAUCUUUGGUUUCUUUUGUUAAAUGUUUUCCUUUGAAAGACCCCAGAACUGUUUGGUCCUUAAAUACCUGAUGUAUUUGGAACCACUGGUUCCCUCACCAUACAGGUGUAAAUGUGACUUUCUGGACUCUUUGGUUUCCUUUGUGCAUCAGAAACAAUACCCUGUCAUGUGAGAUAUUGUUACCUUGCAGAAGAGUCCCAGGCUUCAGCAGUGGAUGAAACUCUGCUUCAGCUUUCUGCUAGAAACCAAUGAGAAGCAACAGCCCUCUCUUUCUGAGCCGUUCAAUAAGCCGUUUGUAGAACAAGGAUUUCCAUUUGCAUUUGGAAGCCAAAUAGAGAAGAUCCUGAGAUUGUGGAUUACUCCCCUGGCUUUGCUUUUGAAGGGAAGAAUUAAGAAGGAGAGUUUGGGGAGCUUUACGGGGCAAAUAGAAUUCAAAGUACUCUGUGUUUUUGUGUGUGUGCGUUCAAGAACAAGCUCGCACAGGAGUGUGUGUGUGCACAGGUGAGAACUUUUGCUCAAACUGAGUCUGAACAUGAAAACUUUACAAAUGAAAAGUUCAAAGAUUGGAGUCUUUUACGUCUGUUAAAACAGUCACAUCUGCAGCAGUUUGUUGAUUAUAUUUUCUGACAUGUGCAGAAGUUUGGAGGUAGCUUCAUAAUCAAAGUUUGAUUUGUUUGAAAAGUUGACUCACAGUACACAGGAGACAGAUCCAGACACACUUUUGUCUUUCUUUCACAUCCAUUUGAACUCAAAGUUCAAACACUAUCUUCAUAUUUUAAUCUACUAAUUCACUUUUGUAAGUUUUAAAAAGAAAACUAGUUAAAAAUCUGUCACAAGAACGACGGUUACCUGUGUCCCCACUCCACAAACAAACUGAUCAAAAAGUUGAUCCAAAUGAUUUCCAGGAAAACAAAGAGUAACCAAUAUUUUUGCAGAUUCAAAUGAACCUGUACUGAUAUUUUGUAACUCCAUGAUUGGCAGGGUUAAGGUUAGAAAACUUCCUUAAUCUCACACAGGUGUUUAUUAAAGUUAAACAAAGCUUGGGGGUGUUUCUUUUCACACAGAUUUGUAGUUCCAAAAUGAUCCAAAAGUUAUACAAUAACAGAAAACUGAGUCCAGCCAUUAGCACUCACCUGGCUCCCCUUUUAGCCACUUUAGCAUACAGUAUGUUAGCUUAUUGUAAGGUUAGCUACUGCAUAAUGUGAUUUCCAGCUGGCGGCUGUGAGACUUCACACAGGGUCUUCAUAGAUGGAGCAGCUCCAGGUUGCAGCAACAGUAGAGAUGCAAAUCCAGUACUGUACUGGCCUUUAUUUACAAAACAACUUAGUCCUAAUCGGACGCCAGAGUCUGAGUUCAGUUUUGAGACAAGUUUUAUGAAAUGAUUGGAUUAAGGUUUUCAGAGAACCUGGAAAAUCUGUUGGAUUACACCAACAUCCAUGUACGGAUCUCUUAUUAAACUGUGCAGAGCUGUAUUAAACACAUCACACAUUGUAACAUUAUAUGUUUGUAGAACAAUAUUCUCUUUUAAUGCAUGUGAGCCAGUUUUGCAGCUUUGCCUUUAAACCUCAUUGUGUAACUGCGACACCUCAGAUUCAGGCUUUGCUUUCCAAAAACAUCACAUCUGACCUCCAUCACCCCCAAACUACUGUGUGUGUGCUGUGUAAAAAAAAUAAUGUAGCUCAGAGGAAUAAAGCACUAAAUGUUCCUCGUGCUGUUUAACAUCCGUUCACUGUUGGCAGGAGUGUGCGACUGUUUUGUAGGACAGCGGGGUUUUUUUGUUACCAGGAAAGAGCUGGAAAAUGUAGCUGUGGGCGAAACGCUCAGAGAGAAUGAGGCAUAACAUUCAUGAGAGCUAACGCCAGAUUUUUCAAGCUCCUGUUUUGAUGUUCUUGUCCUCGUGGUUGCAGCUUUCAAUCUCUAAUUCUGUGUCUGCUCCAAUUCGAUUCACUCCGACACUAACAUACUCCAUCCAAAGCUUCUCCGAGUUUUCUGCUUCUGCAUCCCUCAAGUUUGAUGUCUGAGAUUGCUCCUCAGAACACUUAUUUUCUUACUUUUUCUUGUACUUCAAUGUUCUUCCUUAAUCUUUUACAACUGUAACAACAGCCAGCGGCACUUUCUUUCACCUGAAGGUUCUUUGGAGCCACAAAAAGAACGUUUUUGUGAUACUGUGGUUGAUGCAGUUUGCUUAGUCUGACAGGUGCUUUAGAUGGAGAAGUUCCUCAGUUCUCUUGAUAAUGCUCUUAUUAUUUGGCUGUCCUUGGUGGAGUGCACUUGUUGUGCAUCGUGCCGCAGGUUCACAAAAGCUUUCUUUCCGUCUGUUGCUCUGCAGAUAAAGCUAUCUCCGAGGAUCGCUAUCUUUUAUUCACCCAGUCCAUACAUAGAAGAAAAGCAGCAGAAGUGUUCAAUACAACCAGCUCUCAGAGUGUGACUUCAAGCAGGUGUUCGGUUUACAUUCUUAUGCUGCAGUUUGCCUUUUAAACGGCAUUUCUUGACCAGUUUUGCAUAAUGAAGAGUAGACACACAACAACACUACCUGCUGCGAUGAUCAUGCCAGGAACCACUCUGGGAAAAGUGGGCUCAUGAAAAGAUGAAGUUCUGUCUGCAGGGCAAACUCAACACGUUUUUCUGAGUAAAUACAGUCAGUGCUACUUUUGCUGCCUUUUUGAAAUGCAUUUGGCUCCAAGUAGGAUUUGUUCAGGGGUAAAAACGGCACCGUAAUUUUCUUUAAAUAGUUCCUAUUAUCAAUAUUUUUUUGUAUUGGCAAUGAAUUAUUGGAAACAGAGAGUUCCUAAUGCAGCAGCUAUUCAUUUUUACCUUGUUCGCCUUGGGCAUUAUGGGAAACAAUCUCAACAUGAAGUAAACACCCUGCCUGAAACUUGCAUGACAGUUUGGACUUUCAGACGUCUUUCAAAAGUCUUCCACUGUAUUCUCAGUUUAAUUAAUGUGUGAAGCUUUUACAGCCGCUUCCUCUGUUACAUUUAAGAUUGAUUUUCGUUAAUUUGAAAGUUCUGUUCAGCUCAACUGACAAAUCCUCUCUGAUGAGCGGACAGUGAGAGGAGGGAAUUAACAGCAAUCAAGUAAAGUCCCGAUCUGAAGGAGUAAGAGCUGUUUGUCCCCUUGUGCAAAGUUAAUUGACGUCUUAAAGGAAGGUUGUCGUCUUCGUCCCCCCCGAGGCGCCGAGCAGUGAUAUUCCUUGCCAAAAAUGCCAUUUGCUUACAGAUCAAUAUGGCUUUUCAGACACAAUAUUAUUCAGGAGGAUGAAGGUGAAAUUGUGUGACUGCAGCGCACAGGACUGAUGUUUCAGUCUUCUAUUUUGUUCUCUAGCCAAAUAUUUCACUUGUAACUGGCAGUUUCUGUCACCAUAUUCUGUCUGUUUUUACAAUUUUGGAGACUUUUAUUCUCAUGGCUUUUAUCUCUUCCUCAACGCUCCCCUCAGAGGACCAACAAUGCAAUCUGUCAUCCAGCAGCAGCAGUCACACCUCACAAAGACGGCCCCUUCGUUUCUGACUCAAUGAACCCUCGGCAGCCGUGCCAGGCGACGCUAAACGCUGCACCAUUUGUCAUGCCUUUUCUAGUCCUAUUCUCCUCCAACUGAGUGUUAGCUCAUCAGAGCGGGCCUGUCUGCCGCCUGCCAAAGCCAUCAUCUACAUCACCGCGCUCCAACGGAAACACAAUCACUGCUUUCUAUGGAAAACCAAACGCCAGGAUAUAAUAGGUGCAAUAUGUUUCUCCUCUGUCUCUGUUCAAACAAUGUGAGUGGAACGGCCACAGACGGAUCUUAACGGGGGGGAAGUCAGUGGAUAAAGCUGGACCACAGAGCCCGGGGUUGGGAUUGACAAGGCUGAUAAUUCACCAGAUAGGAAACCACUUGGGAUGAAGAUUUACCAUCGUUAGUUUGAUGAAUUUCUGAGCAACUCAACACAGUAUUCACCUAAGUCUACACCAAAGAGGCAGCUGCAGUAUUUCCUUUUAAUUGGACAAAGUAAGAUGUCAAUGUAGAGUUUUUGGUGCAGAAAGUCUUGCCCAAAAGAAAUCAGAGAAGCUUGACGAAGAGUUUGGUAAUUCAAGGUUGAAAUAUCAAGUUUCUAUAGAGCUUUCAAACCCUCUGUCCUCACCUAUAAAUUAAGUUUUUUUUUUCAUCCCUGGAUGACUUUAAAAGACCUUCCAAAGAAAGUUUAACACCCAAAACUUUCAUCGGUGGAGUUUAAGUUUCCAGCCGUUUUCUUUAUGGUUGUGCAGAUGUCAGAUUUCAUACAGCUUUUGGUGCAACAACUCCUUGAAAUCCUUGAAACUGCAUUUCUCUACAUUUCCCAGACGUUGCAGCACCAUGAGGAGUGCUGUCCCUCAAUAAUUGAUGUUAUACUUGCACCCAUAAGACGACAAACACAGAGAAAAUGUCAAAUAAUGACGUUCCUUCAUCCAUGGUCCAUUUUCUAACAGCUAACAGGUCUUUCCAGCUUUCUUAUCAUCUUCCUGUGACUUUCUGUGACUUCUAAAUUGUUCCCUCAGUUUUUCAGACUCUGUAAUUGUGUCACACUUCAUGGAGUCUGGAUCACCAUAAGGACUCCCCAUAAAGACUUGCUGUCACUCACACUGGCAGCGUCUGCACACCAAGAGGUGAAAAAUGCCACCGUCCUUGUUAGCAUCACUGUCACCAGUAGCUCAUAUCUUAAUUAUGUGGGAGCAGGCGCCACACUGCAGCCUUCCUCUCAUAUAAUCACUGUACUCCACCAGAUUCCCACCUACUCUACCAAAUGACCUCCUACCUCCUGAGUUUCUGCUGCUGAGCAGGGGCAACUUCUAUAAUAAGCUAAACCAGACGGCUGGAGUCUGGCUGGAGUCUUAUUUUCCGAGGUUUUGAUUCUAAUCUGCUCUCUUGUGACUUCCAAACAGUAUAAAACUUCUUCAGACUCUCAAACUUUAAAGUCAUGGAGUACAGAAGAAGCAGUCCCCUGUACUUCUGUGGUCUUAAAAUAGACACACUGAAACAGUAAAUCCAACUAUAUCCAGCAAAAAGUUCUCUCACCGAACUCUGAAUUUGUGAUUUAGACGUUGCAUUUGCAAGACGGCAUUUAGUUAUACGACAGAGCCUGACUGUCGGCUUCAUCAUGGUUAUUUACUUCAAAGGUACUGUGUUUAGAAAUGAUAUUCAGUAAUGUCUUGGUCAGAUUCAAGGUGUAAAUUCUCCCUUGCUCACCCCUCUCAUCAGUUAAGCAACGGUUGCCUUCGGGGCCAAGAAGCUCCUGUAAUGCCACUUCUUGUUCACCUUCUUGUUCUUGUUCUUGUUCUUCUUGGUCUUAUUCUUGUUUUUCUUCUUCUUGCUAGUAAGCCUGUUCGGUGUUACUGUAGAAACAUGGGGGUACAACAUGAUUGAUCUGCUCCUGAUGUAAACAGCAAAGUAAAAAAAAGGAUAGGCCUUUUAAAAAAUACAAUAAAAUGAGGGGUUACAUCAAAUUUGUGGAUGCCAAUGCAAGGCAAAAUUAGCAAAGUUUCAAAUUGUAAGUUUGACUUUAACAUUGUGGGAAUUUUCACAUUCAGGGUCCAAAACAUUUGCCCACAUGUCAUAGUUUUUCAUUUUAAAUAGAGAAACCCUGGUUUGAACAACGGCUCCAGCGCUGGCAGCAGUGGAAGAGGCUGCUGAAGAGCUUUAACCAAUUGUAAAAUAGUGGGCUUAAGCUGUAAAAAUGCAGAAACAAACCAAAUGAUAACUACCUCUUAAAGAGUGUCACCAAAAUAGUCUAGAGUACUCUCCCUGACACUGCUUGGCAAUGAUGUGACAAUAAGGAAGCUUCACUUUCAGUUACUUACGCUUUGUGCCAUGAGAGCUGACCCUUCACUUCACAGCAGUCUUACGGAUGGUUGUUUUCUCUUUCCUAAUUAUAAAGUGUAGACACUCCCUUUAACAGCCCUGAUACUGCAGCAGCAGAACGUCUCUAUGGUCACUGUAGCUUUGCGGCUAAUGAGAAUUUAAUGGGAAACCAUCCUUAUUUAAGCACAUUCUGUGCCGCUGAGUGCGGACCAAACUUUUCAAAUUGGUCCCCGGUUUACUUUGUGUUUAGAAAUCCCCCAAAUACAUGCGGCCGGUCAUAUAUUUUAAUGGUAGCAAUGACUCCAUUGCAGGCUUGAUCCAUUAAAGACCUUGUUCACACUUUGUCGGCUCGGUUUAGUGUGUGUACUACAGCUCACUGGGAUGCUCAUAACAUAAACCUUAUUAUGAUUACUCGCUGAGCAAUCCUGCCUAAAUUGCACAUGCAGCUCAAAGACCAUUGUUACUUAUUAAAAAUGCAUGUGGAGAAACUUUACUGAUGUUUUCCUGUGAAAUGUAACACAGCGGGGUCGUUUGAUGCACACAGCAGCAUUUUGUGAAAAUGGAUCAGACCUGCUGUACAGUAGAAAUCCCUCCAAGCUGUAGAAAUGACUGCAACUGAAAAAAAAACUCCCAGUGUAUGAGAUAGCUGAAGGCGAAUGACAGAGUAGGAAUAUGACUAUGAGUAUACAAGCUUUGCAUCGGCUGCUGGUGACUGACAGUUUCAUUGAUUGUUAGUGAUUUCGGAUCGCUCUCAGGGAUUUCACUGAGUUCACUUCCUCUGAUGGAAAAAGACAUGGCUCCCGGCGAAGAGGAGGGGAAUGGAUUAGAACACCCCCAUGUAGACCCCAGAAGAGGAAAAAUCUGUAUAAAGUGUAAAUAAUGCAUUCAGUCACAUAAAUCAAAGAGUAUUGAGAAUGAAAAAGAUUUUUUUUUUUUUUUUUUAAUGUAAGACAGCUUCUGAGAAAAGCCUCUUCAACACUCUGUUUCCUCAAGACACAGCGUGAACAGCACAGAGCGAUCCAUAAAACUACAGUCAGGGUGAACGCUGGAGUUUUCUAACUCUAGCCAACUUUGACUUAUUGAGUAAAAAGUCUAAAAUAUGUUUAGUGCAACUCUUCAGAUUGCAACUGCAAAACACACCAUACACUUUAAGUUCAAUUAUAAGGUUUUUAUACAACAGACUCUCAAAACUAACAAAUAACAACUUAUUUCUCCCAAAACACCAUUUAAUAUGAGCCGAAUUUUUUAUUUUAUUUUAUUUAAACUUCCCUUUAAAGGGAUAUUCUGGUUUAAAAUUAAGUUAGGGUCAACAUCUUUUAGCUUUAGCAAAGAGACUUAACACACCUCACCCACUCUCUUCCAGCAGCUGCUUGUUUGUACGGAGACCUCAGGUGGGUCCAAACUGACUACAGUGGGGUGACGCAGCUCAAGGAAGAACAUUUGUGAUCUGUUAUUCAUGGAAAUACAAUCAGACCGAGACACUAAGGCAGAAGAACUACUGCGUCUGUAAAAUGAUUAAUAUGGUGAUUAUUACUACAAGGAAAUAAUGAAGUAAUGAUCAUAAAUGUUCUUACUUGAGCUGCGAAACCCCGCUGCAGUCAUUUUGGAUUCACCCGGAGGUCUCUGUACAAACAAGCUGCUGCUGGAAGAGAGUAGGUGAGUUGUGUUUAAUCUCUUUGCUAAAGAAAUCAGGCAAAGAUAAAAGGAUGUUUGGUGGCUAGUUCUAUGGCUGGGACCUACAUCUACUGUUGAUGAAGUCAGGUGCUGUUCUGAGCAUUAUUUGUGGCUGUAGAGUGGCGUUUUGGUUGAGCUCAUGGCUCCUGAGACCACUAUGUAUUGCUUUCGUGUGGUCGUUACUAAAGUUGGUAUAACUAGAGAAGCAAGCGGUCGGCAACAUUCAUCUCUCGUCGGGGUGUCUAACUUGGUGUUAUGGUGUGUUUUACCCUAACUUAAUUUUACGCCCGAAUAUCCCUUUAAUAUUUAGAAACCUUGGGCAGGACCAGACUCAUGUUGGACAGUUACCUGAGAGCGAGAAUGUUCUACUUCUUUACCCCACAUUAUUCUGAAACUGUUGAUGUAUUUGCUCACACUGUCUCAUGCGGGAUAGCGAGCCUUUUCCCACCCUUACCUCCAAGAGUCUCCGCCCUUUUUUUUGUGGUGCCCUGUCACGUUACUUACCUGUUGUUUAGUUACACCAGUGUGACUGUCACCUUCUUCAUGUCUCUGCUCCCAUGCACCUGCAGGUGAGCGGUGGUCUCUUGUAACAGCUCGCCUAUCAAGACUUUGUUUUCCGGCAAGGUGACUUUUGAAUGACUAAUUAACAGUGAAAUGAACAUGAAGACGGAUGAAGUGACCAACUCCUUCAAGUGCUGAACUUUAACAGCUGCAUAAGCAGCAAUGAGGAUGUUAGGAAAUGAAAGUGGUAAUGACAAAGAGGAUCUGAUUCCCUGCUGAUGUGUUUAUCCUGCACUUGCUCUGUAUUUUUAUACUCAUGGAUAGAAAUGUAGGCAAUGGUGGGUUGCAGAAAACUUGCUGAACUAUUGACACAGGAAAGUUCUCACCCAGGACUGCCUCGUCUCUGUUUCUUAUCAGAGUUUCAGCAGUCUGUCUCGCACAGACAUCACCGUGCGCUGCGUUUGAUGUCUGAUAAGCCUUCAGAUUGAUGGAUUGAUCACUCAGACAUCAGCUCCAUCAGCCUCCUGAAUCAGAUUUCAUCAUCUAACAAGUAACUUGUACAACACUCCCACGCUCCCCUUGAGUUUAUUUUUACACAGUGACAUUUGUCACAUCACUUUCAACACAUUCAUAAAGCCUUUCUUGAGCCUUAUCGACUCCCAGCAUUCAUCUAUUCAUGACAAGUAUCACAGGAUCAGUCUGAAACAGCAUCAAAAGGCUGUAAUGGCUACAUCACAGGGCAAAUAUUUCCACUGAAAGUUUGUGGGUACUUUUCACCAGCAGAGACGUUUUUUGAAAUCAAAACUAAUAGCAUUAAAAAAAAUCCAAAAAGAAAUUGAUCUUUUUAAAACCACACACAGCCCAUAAAGCACUAACCAGGAUUUCAUCUUUGAAAUUCUGGUGGAAUCAGGUUCAGAUCUCAAUGACCUUAUUUUAACAACAGUUUUGAUCUGCUAUUAUGCGGCUGCAUCAUCAGUGUAACAGAAAACACAACUGCGUUUAAUAAAUGUUGAUUAUAAGAGUGUAAAGAUGAUUUUUGUGACAGCGUUUCUUAAUAGAAUAAAACACUUUCUUCAAAACCCCUUUUUCUGCACAGAAUAGGCUCAACAUGUAUUUUUUUAUACAGUCAUAUCGAUAGCUGCUUAUCGGCUGUGUUAUAGGCUCAGACACAUCCCAAAAAUGGCAGUUUAAACAUGUGCAAACAUAUUAUUAAGUAAUGAGAGAAGAAAAACUAAAUCCACAACAUCCUUUAUGUAAUUAAUUUAAAUCAAAAUUGCACAAAAAAAUGACUUUGGAGAUGCUGAUGAAUUUGCCCAUGAAUGUGUGACAAUAAAAACAGAUGUGCCAAGCAAUAUCAGGUCUAAACAAUAGCGCUUAAUGUCUCCAACUGGACACUGAAUGAACCUUCGCUUUUUAAUCCCUUUUUUUGAAAUGUUUGUUUUAAUGAAAAAUCCUCACUGUCUUACUCGGCACCAGACUCCAUGGACAAAAACUAUAGCCUCCUAUCUCUGUAGUCGUCAUCUAUCAUUGUCUUGAGAUGGAAUGUGCAUGCAGGGUGUACUUAACAAUUAAACAUCACUAACCUCCUGUUUGGCUCAUGAAUACCAUUAGACGCAUUAAAUGCCAGUUACGUGUUUUGUCUAAGCUGCAGCGGUCAUUAGCCAUGACUGUAGCUUUGAAGCUAAAUGCUCCACUACCUGGAUGUAAACACGCACAGAUGACAUUUUUCACAAUACAUAGUUAGAUGUGCUGCAGAAGACUGUUCAAGGUCGAUGCAGUGACUUCCACUGCAGAGUCAGGUCUGUUUUUAAUCAAGUGCCAUCCAGCCAUCCCUUUGGAAGUCCUUGUGCACUGGGGAACAUUAUUCUGAAACUGCUCAAAUAUUAGCUCACGCAGUCUCUUACAAAGUCGUAAACUUCUCACCAUCUUUGCUUCAGAGAGACUCAGCCUCUCUGGAAAGCUUUCAUCAUAUCCAUAUUUUACACUUUGUGUGUUGUCUUUUCACUAUUUUCAAAACAUAUAGAAGCUGAAUGAUUUGCAAACCUUUAAAAUCUGAUUGUUUUAGGUUUUUAAAUCCACAUUAAUUCUCAGCGUCCUUCUUUUCGAUUUAAUGGAGAUGGAUUAAAUACCUAACUUCCUCCUCUUGUUUUCUGCUCUGUUGAGAUAAAACUGUGUCCUUGUCGGAGCAACACCUCAGAUAUCUGGCCUGUACAACCUUGAAUUCACAACAUAAUCAUGAGUCAUCUCACUAAAAUUACUUUACGGUCACGCUUCUGAGGGUGUUUUAUCGCCAGUCGCUCUUGGAUCCUCCUGUAUUUAUAGAAAUAAUUAUAAUGUUUAGAAUCAUGAAAUAUAUGGAGUGAGGAAUACGAGGUAAUGAUUUCCAUCACAAAUGGAAAUAUGGAUUUACUCCUGAAAUAAACAACCUCCUUGGCACCGCACUUGAAUAAGAUUGAGCAGUAAAACUAAAAGCUCCACAAAAGCUGUUCAGGAUGUUUGGUCAGUCUCCACAAACAUUUAAAUCUGAUUAUGAUUAUCGCUUCGUCUCUGUAUCUCGACGAGUUGUUGGCAGAUAAAAUGAGUCAAAGUUGGCCUUUGGAAUGAAUUUAUAUAUCUUGUAACAAGCCUGGAGGAAGGAUCCAGAAAGAGCACACAAGAGAGACCAUUUGUUUUCGCUGGACCUGGAAAUAAAUAACUGUAUUUAUUCAUGAUGACAUCUGUGACACAAUCCAUAUUCAAACAAGGCUGCAUGCAUUUGGAGCACCUUUAAAACCCAGUCACAGGGCCAGCGUGGGCCCGUAAUUGGCUGUUUUUAUACAAAGAGCGAUGCAGGUUGGGAAGCAUCCAGACGCUCAGGCUGAGAGCGGCAGGUUGGGGAUUUUUGUGCCUUAGGUAUGAUUCACACAAGGACACAAUAAAAACAACAACAUUCAUUAUGUAUCACAAUGGGAAUGUCGUGCUGAGACAUACCUGGAGGGACACGCAGGCAGAUGGAGGAGCUGAGGCUGACAGAUGGAUGAAUGAUGGACAAACAAACACAGAGAGUGGCGUGCAAUGUCCGACAUUCUCUCACAUCAAAGCUCACACACACACACAAACACACAUAAACACCCACAAUAGCGACCAAAGAGCGAGGUUGUUCUCUCAUCCAUGGACAGACCUGGAUUUACACACAGACCAGAAAAUCUGCAGAAACAAACAGAUUGCUUUAUUUGUUAUUCCAGCAUUUCUCUGA